GUUUUCACUCCGUGGUUUCCUCUGAAACAGCAGCUGCAGCAGCGUGCUCCACACCGGACUCUCUGUCGGACUAUUUUACUCCAACACUGUCCGUGUUUACUCUGAGCGAGACUCUUCCAGGUUAGUCUCUUUAUGUCUUUCACCUCUGUGGUGUUUUUCACUGAAAUACUGAAAUAUUGAGCUUUAAAUGGCUGUUUUUGUUGAACUGCGUACCCGGACUGUACUGAGCUCUGCUCACAUGAAUGACGGACCUCCUCCUCCUCCUUCGACAGAAACCUCCGCGCUGUUCACAUAACGUGAUUGUUGGCAGGCUGACUGUUGUGUAGCUUUACUUCACUCAAGUUUGUAAAUCCUGACCAAGUAUUAGGCCUGCUUGUUUGUGUCCCAGUGUGCCUGUCGAAGUCACGGUAGUUGGCGACUAGAUCACUAACUUCAUAGUCCACUUUAAUGUCUCUUCACAGUGAGUUUCUUCAGAUUGAAGGUGGUGAUUGUAAACGGGGAUUGUAUUUGGAUUAAGUGGAUCAGGCAACUUGAAAGCAGAUGUUCAUAACAAUAAAAAACAACUGUUAAGUUUUAAAAUAGAAAAAAACAAAAAAAAAACAAUCAGCUUGUGUUUGACAACAUUAGAGUAGUUCUACUAUGAAGAUGCUCUGUCAGAUUUAUAAUUUUAAUAUUUCUUGCAAAUAUCAAAAUUCAGAGGCUGCAUAGAAAUAGAAAAAAUUAGAUGAAAUGAGCUAUUAACAAGGGAAUUUCUUUCAUUAGCAGUUACUACAAUAAAUCCCAGUUUUAAUCUUCAGUAAAAGGUAUAAUCCAACAUUUAAAGAAACUGACCUGUGGAUGCCAGGACAAAAAUCACAACUUGAAUGUCCACUUCUCUGAUUUAUGUCUGCCUUGCUUUUGAGAGCCUGGGAUUCUUGCUUUUGUAAGUGAAUGAGCCAUUUUAUCUAUAUUACUUUCUGGGCUUUGGUUUGUUACUCAUACAAUCACCACAAGGGGCACUUCAGGUGAAUGGGCGGGUAAAUGCUACAAAGGGACACAGGUGAAGCAGUGAUCUGGGGAACGGGAAGAACACAAGGUUUUUACCGAUAAUCUCAUGUACGUCGUCCAUACGUACAUCGUCGUAAUUUGGAUGUAUUUGUCUUUUUUGAUUGUUUUUCAUUAAUCAAUAAAUAGCAAAAACAUAAUUCAACAACAACCUUGGAUUGGACAUUGGAUUGUACCAGAAGCGCGUCAAAAACACCUCACUCCAGCACCCAGACAGUGACUAAAAUUCAGGUCAGCAUAGUCACUACAGUUGGCUUCUGAAAUAAAGCCUUUUUUAAAUGAGUUAGUUGUCACAGUCUUGAGGCUGUAAAAACAAGAUAAUCACAUUUUUAGGUCAUGAUGCUACAUAUAAUACUGAUAUAAUAAUACUGAUACCAUAACUUGACUUUGACGUGCCUACUUUUAAUCCUAUAAAGUUGUUCAAGUUUAUCAGCAAAACUAACUAAUCAGCAAACUUAAGUUGUGUUUUGCAAGCUUUGGCCGAUGCUACACUAGUCUUGCACACACAGCAGCUCAUCAGCAGUGCAGAGUUGAAGUUUGGCGAUCACCAAACCUUUGUACUAAAGCAGCAUAGUGUCCCAGUUAGAGACAUACCCAUUGUGAAAAUCGGGGCUGAAACUGAUACCGGUGUUUAUACUGAUCUGAUUGAUACUGAUGGCCUAUACAGAUGUUUUUGCAGUACAUCUUUGUCAUUUCCUCGGUGUUGUUGUUUUUUUCUAAAUGAGCUAAGAUCUAUUUAAAUUGUUCUGUGAUCAGUGUCAUACAAACUGCAUGGCGCUGAUCUUUCUUAGAGACUGUAAUCCCACUCUGCAAACACUUUCUCUGGUGUUUGAUCAUUUAAAUAAAUCAGUUUGACGUUAUUUGUCGAUGUGCCGGUGUCUGUCAGUUGGGUGGUAUUUGCUGGAGCCAUUGUGCGUCCCUAGUCCAAGUGUGUGAAGAACUGAAAAUGUAAACAGAAGAAAGAAACACAUCUGUCUUAACAAUAGGCGCUGCAAGUGGGUUUGUAAUGUUGCGUUCACACUGAACAUAAGGUCACGUAAAGCAAAUGAAGAAAUGUAAAACCUGAACUCAAGGUAGUCAUUCACGCUGCAAUGGCCAAUCAGCAUAGAGAUACCAUGUUGACAUUUCUCAAUGAUGGACCAGGGGAGGUUCAGCCAGUUGGUAAGCCAAGGUCAAACUGGUAGUGAUGGUGCUGCUAUAUACACUCACCGGCCACUUUAUUAGGUACACCAUGCUAGUAACGGGUUGGACCCCCUUUUGCCUUCAGAACUGCCUCAAUUCUUCGUGGCAUAGAUUCAACAAGGUGCUGGAAGCAUUCCUCAGAGAGCUUGGUCCAUAUUGACAUGAUGGCAUCACACAGUUGCCGCAGAUUUGUCGGCUGCACAUCCAUGAUGCGAAUCUCCCGUUCCACCACAUCCCAAAGAUGCUCUAUUGGAUUGAGAUCUGGUGACUGUGGAGGCCAUUUGAGUACAGUGAACUCAUUGUCAUGUUCAAGAAACCAGUCUGAGAUGAUUCCAGCUUUAUGACAUGGCGCAUUAUCCUGCUGAAAGUAGCCAUCAGAAGUUGGGUACAUUGUGGUCAUAAAGGGAUGGACAUGGUCAGCAACAAUACUCAGGUAGGCUGUGGCAUUGCAACGAUGCUCAAUUGGUACCAAGGGGCCCAAAGAGUGCCAAGAAAAUAUUCCCCACACCAUGACACCACCACCACCAGCCUGAACCGUUGAUACAAGGCAGGAUGGAUCCAUGCUUUCAUGUUGUUGACGCCAAAGUCUGACCCUACCAUCCGAAUGUCGCAGCAGAAAUCGAGACUCAUCAGACCAGGCAACGUUUUUCCAAUCUUCUAUUGUCCAAUUUCGAUGAGCUUGUGCAAAUUGUAGCCUCAGUUUCCUGUUCUUAGCUGAAAGGAGUGGCACCCGGUGUGGUCUUCUGCUGCUGUAGCCCAUCUGCCUCAAAGUUCGACGUACUGUGCGUUCAAAGAUGCUCUUCUGCCUACCUUGGUUGUAACGGGUGGUUAUUUGAGUCACUGUUGCCUUUCUAUCAGCUCGAACCAGUCUGGCCAUUCUCCUCUGACCUCUGGCAUCAACAAGGCAUUUCCGCCCACAGAACUGCCACUCACUGGAUAUUUUUUCUUUUUCGGACCAUUCUCUGUAAACCCUAGAGAUGGUUGUGCGUGAAAAUCCCAGUAGAUCAGCAGUUUCUGAAAUACUCAGACCAGCCCUUCUGGCACCAACAACCAUGCCACGUUCAAAGUCACUCAAAUCACCUUUCUUCCCCAUACUGAUGCUCGGUUUGAACUGCAGGAGAUUGUCUUGACCAUCUCUACAUGCCUAAAUGCACUAAGUUGCCGCCAUGUGAUUGGCUGAUUAGAAAUUAAGUGUUAACGAGCAGUUGGACAGGUGUACCUAAUAAAGUGGCCGGUGAGUGUACUCUGACCUGUAGGACCACCUUUUUUAAUAGAAAAAAGAAUAAAGAGGAUCUUGCUUGGAGGAAAGAUGAGUGAGGAGAUCAGAUUAUCUGGUAAUUUCUGCACAGACAACAAAUCCCCACAAUGUAGUCAACCUCAACCAUGUUAGAUGAAUACAGGCUGAAAUGGCGUGAAGGGAACUCUUCCUCUCCUGCAUUUAUUCAUGUGUUCGGGAAUUCCUGCAGACGCUAUCUGCCAUGCGAUUAAAGCAAGUUAUUUGGUUUAUUAUAGUCCAAUUCAAAACUUUAUUUAAAUGCCUAAAUCUGACAGUCAGUCUAGCUUUACUCCAGACCCUUCCUCCCAACAAUAGUGAACAUGAGCUGGCAGGGUGACACCAGGCUAGAAGAUCUAGAUUUAUAAGUAAUGGCUAGGAAUCACUUACCUCUCUUCGUUUAACACGUACAACACAAAACAUUUCCGAUACUUAGUCUUUUUAGAACAGAUUUAAAUAAAAUGCUAAUUUGGGAUUUUUACUUUAGGCUGACCCUGCCAAAAUACUCCCUCUGUGUUUUCACACCACGUUUGGGAGUUACUGAUUUUACAAGAAAACAGCCGCCCCAAAAUUUUUAUAUCCCUGAGGGGUUUGUUGUGUGAACUCACAUGAAUCCUUGCGUGUAAAAAUGUCUGAAAACAAGAAUAAAUUAUGCUAAUUGAAUCAAAGUUAAUAUGAUAUCAUGUUGUAUCUGAUGCUAAUGAGGCCAAAUUCCCUUGAAAAAUGUGAAGUAAGCUCAAGUGAAAUCUUGUGUGCUGCUCUGAACGUCGCCUGGAGCUUAACCUAAAUAUUUAAAUCCACUUGGGUUCAAACUGAGGGUGUUGAACAGUGAGAGAUAUGAGCUCAUUAGGAAAGGUUGGUCAGUAAUGUGUUGUAAUGAUGAUCCUCAGCACUUUACGCAAACUUGCACCCAGCAGGCCGUAAAAAAAAGGGGCAUGUUCAGCGUGAGUAGUAGUAUUUAACUAGUUACUUCAGUUUGAAUGAAGAUUUGUUUGUAAGGCUGUUCAGGUUGAAGUCAAGGUCUGCAGACACUGGAGGAGGGAUAAGAUGGAGGAAGGAUUGUUUUCCUUUUUAUUGGGGAUUAACCGGGUGAGUGAACAUCUGGUGGAUAGUGAUGGUAAAUAUUAGGAAAGCCACAGGGUGAGAAAAAGUGUCAAGAGAAGGAAAUAAACCCUCUUCCCGUGUGUGUAAAAAAAUGCAGUCAAGAAUCCAUUUACGGAUUACAAAAAAAAAAGAAAAAUUAAUGCCAAAUUCAGUGUAUUAGAAAACUUUUUGAUGCCUUAUUAUCUAAAAAAUAGAGCUGCUGAUAUUGGAUGAUCAUCUAUGAUUUAUGGGAAUAAAUACUGACGUUUAAAACUGAUAUGCAUUUACAUUGAAAAAACAAUCUUUUAGGCAAAAUGUAGAAUUUGAAAUAUUCUUCUUUGUUGAAAUUUACUUUAAUUAAAAAGACUUUUCAUUUUCAGACAUUAGUGGAGGGGGGUGGGGGUGAAACAUCGGAGGAAAUUAGUCAAAGGCAGUGGGUACAUAUGUACCUCACAAUUAUCAAUAUGACCAUAGACUGAGCCCAGCUACUGUACAAGUAGCUGGAAAGGUGGUGAAAAUGGAGAGUUUUAGAAAGAGCUACACAUCUGCAUCAAAACUGCACAUUGCUGAAUGUAGUGAAAGUGCACACUCAAGAACAAAACUUUAAGAUUUUGUCUCAUAUUGUCUUAAACAGCCAGAAACUUUAGUGAUUUUUCCAUCACCUCAAUGAUAAUUCAAAGGCAAAACUGUGCACAAAAAUCUCUUUUUAAUGUCUUCAGUGAUUUGCAAAAUCACAGCACACCUCCCAAAGUUGGCAUUAUACCAAAGUUUUUGUGUCAGAACAACAUUGGUAAGAAAAACUGUUUUUUUUUUAGCUAUAUAGGAGUGUAUAAUUGUUUGGUCGACAUUAAAAUAUGUAAUUUGAACAUUUUUCUUAUAAGGUGCAAGUACAAUUCAGCAGUUUAAAGCUGUGCCACAUGCACAGAGGCUGUGAAGAGGUAGUGGUGACAUUAUGAUUUAUUUUUCUUUAUUGUACAGCCCUUUUAUAAACGGACUUAUGCCUAUUGUAUCAAACUGAAUGGAUUAAAUAAAAGCAGCAGUACUAAUGGCUCCAUGACAUCAUGGUGUUGUGUUCACUGUACUAAAAAGCCAAUGAUUCAAGUCAGAUUGAGUUUCACUAAUGAUUCACCCACUUUCCGGGAUUCCGAGUAAAUUAACUUAAAGUUGGGUUUAAGGUUUCCACGAGUAAAAAGUUUCAGGGACAGCUGGUCAGCCCUGUCUGAGAAACACUGGAACAUCUUUGUUUUUUAUAAACCUUGAGAAAUAAAAACUAACAUAGUUUUGAUAUUUUUUUGGAGAAUUUCCUCCUGGAUGCAGCGACAUGUAGCCUCACAGUUUGUAAAAUGUUGAUCACUCUCAUGCAGUUAAAGCACAAACAGUUCCACCCAUCUGCCCGUCUGCUCACGCCCUUGGGGAUCUGAUUAGGAAAGCACAGUGCCGUGGAGGUCAGAGGUCACCAGGUGCAUAAUGGGCACAUAAUGAGUCAUAAUGGGUCACCGGGUGGUUCACUGGCUCAUGAAACAGGACACUGUAUUUGUGUUGGUUAUUAGAUUAGUCUGUCAGAUGGAGAUUGUGCCUCUUUCAAGCUCCAACCACAAAAUCAAGGCUUAUCCCCGCCCACUGUAAUAUUAGAUCUGUGACAUUAAUGCUGUGUUUAAUGGAGAUCAUAUCAAUAUAGGAUUAGAUAAUUUUAACCCAGUCAGGUGGCAGUGUUGUAGUUCAGAGCUCAGGAUUAGCACUCUGUUAGUUAUAGCACCACUUUCUAUUGAGGCUCUGCAGGAAUAAGUGAAUAACAGCUCUGUUGCAUAAGAAAAGGAGCUUUCUUUAGGUCUUUUGGGCCUCGCAGGGGCUCUAAAUCCCACUUAACUCUUUAUUGCAAGCUUGAAACAAUGAACUCUGGCACUGAAUGGCCCUGCGCUCUUUCUGAGAAAAUGCAUCUGAUGUCAUUAAGUUCUCUCAGAGCAGAGGAUUAAAAAAGGGGGGAGUGUUGGUGUACGCUCGCUUUUUCAGCGGCAGUGUGAAAAGAGACAAAAGGCUGGUGCAGCGGGGUAGAGCCUGUACUUUUAUGUGUGCUGUUGGGAGAGUUGUGGGAUGUGUGUGUAGGGGGGGAGUGGGUGAUCAGUUCAGGGUUGGUGGAUGCUCGGACACACAGCUGACACUCAGCUCGGUCCAGCUGGAGGACGACAAGAGCAGCACCUGCACCUCCUCUUUGUUGUAGCUUCUGGUUUCUAUAUACAGCAUGUUUGUGUUUGUACUUCAUUAUUACUGCAUGAAGGAAACUGAGAGUGUGUGUGUGUGUGUAUGGCUGUAUUCUUAUAUCUCAAGUUUUCUAAACCAUGUUGUGAGGGAACUUUAUUAAAGUAAAGUUAAAGAUUAUUCAGAGCGAACUAAACAUCUUCAGAAUUUUAUUCCUAAUUACAAUCUGUCAGAACAGCUGUAAUCCACUCAAAAAUUAAGUAAGGGGUUUGAUAUACUGGAAAUACAUGUUUUUAUCCUCUUUCACUGUGGACAUGUGUUUACCUGUCAAGCUGUUUUCACAGAGAUCCAAAUUAUUUCCAUUUCCCAUCGGUCAAUCGUAAACAGGCUCAGGUCCAGAGAAGUUUCUGGAUCGUGUUUGUAUAUGAUUUCCUCUUUUCAUUGUACAGUUUUAAUAUGCAGUGACAAACUGUGUGAGUUUGAGCCCGUGCAGUGAUUUCCACUAUAGAGUCAUGUCUGUUUUGAUGCAGUGCUGCCUGAGGGCCUGAAGAUCAUGGCCAUCAAGAAAUAGUUUUGGUCCUUGUCUCUUUUGGACAGAGAUCUCUCCAUAUUGUCUGAAUCUUUUAAUGAUAUUGUAAACUAUCGAUGAUGAAAUUCACCAGUUGUUUAACAUUUUAGACUCAGGAACAUUAUUCUGAAAUGGUUGAACUAUUGGCUCACACAGCCUCUCACAGAGUGGCAAACCUCCUCCCGUCUGUCCUUCUGAAAGACUCAGCCUCUCUGAAUUUCCUUUUAAUACCCAGUUAUGUCACUAACCCGUUACAAAUAGGGGUGUCCCCAUAUGAUAUUGUUAUCGGAUAACGGUCCGAUAUCAGCAAAAACACAAAUAUCGGAUUAUAUCGGUCUGCAUCUAAAAUCUAUCAUUAGCAUUCUGAUACAAGCAGUCCAUUCCAGACUUUACCUAGCAGUGCCCCGAUCCAGCAUGCAGAGCCCACCUGAUCACAACAUUAGUAUGUACUAAGGUACUAACAAAGUUGCAAGGAGUAGGCGUGAUGUUGGCCUUGUGACAGUAUUUUAUGCUUAAGUCUGAAAAAGACGUUGCAGCUGUGAGAAAAACUUGUCAUGCACAACCUUGUGCCAAUAUCAGAUCAAUAUCGGUAUCAGUCAAUAUUAAAGGCUACAAUAUCAGUAUCCUAUUGGAAGUUAAAAAGUUGUAUCAGGAAACCCCUAGUUACAUAUGAACCUCAGUAUUCGGUCGAUGUUCCUCCAACUGUGUUUUCAGCGUUACACAACCUUUGUAGCGUUUUGUUGUUUGUGUCCCAGCAGUUUUAAAAGAUGAUGCUGACAUCAAAUUUACAUGAGCAUAUAUUUUUCAUCAAACAAUAAUAUUUAUGUAGAUAAAACAUUUAAUACGCUGUCUUUGCACUAUUUUCAAUUUAAUGAAGGUUCAUGUAAUUUGCAAACUGAAAUCCUCAAUUGGUGUACACUCCAGAUAAUUUCUUUAAAGUUUUAUAACUCUGAUCCUAAAUCUCCUGGAGUUGCAACUCAGGAAAAACAAAAGAAUCAAGAAACACGUCACACAACAUAGUUUCUGUCAUCUAAGGCAGCUCUAAUUAUUCUGAUUUAUGUCCAUUUACCCCUACAAGAGGGAAAUGUUAUAAUGUUUAAGCUAAGGCAUUACAAGAGUCGUAUUAAAACACUUAAAAUGCACACAAAUGACGCCAUGUUUAGAUUUGCUCUGUUAAAAGAUACUUCUGUGUCACUCUGAACUGAGUCCGCCUUUUCUUUUUCUGGCUGGGAUAGCGCUUACCCUUUCCAAGACUUUGAAUAAUUCAACAUUCAGCUGAGGUAACUGAUGAGAUUUGCGAGCACAUAAUUCACCAAGAAAAUGUCAGAUGGGGUUAGAAACACGGGAGUCAGCCCAGAUUUUAGGAGCAGAGUUUGAAGAUCGUGACACGUCAAGGAGUCUGACAUUAAUUUCAAAGUUUUCCAGAAGAAUAUUAUCCAAUUCAGGUUUUUUUUUAUAUAGUUUUUUCAAGUAAACUACUUCAUGAUUUUCCUUAAAGCCUGUGCAGAUGACUGUUAGAGUUGAUUUCUAUCUGUAGUAUUUCCAAUGACUGAAUGUAGCUUAAAUUAUUAUGAAUAAAAGUUCUACUUAAAGAAACUAGGCAGAGCCACGUUGGACACCCUUCAGGACCACAUGUGGUGUUUCUGUGAUGUUUUUAGCUUGGCAUCGCCUGCGGGGUAGUGAACUCUUUGUGAAGAAACCACUGAAAGGGUGGAGACGCUCUCUGAGGAGCACAAGAGGCCGUUUCUGCUCGCUGCUCCCGGACAAUGACGGAGCGCCCAGGAGGUGAUUAAAGCUACCAGACAGAGGAGGGUCUGCAUGCCCAGAGUUAUUAGCGAGGGUCUUCUUCUUUGUCAAAGCUGCAUCCUGUUAUCCUGCCGCGCUGAAAGACAAGCUUCUUCCUUGAAACUAGUUGUUUUUCUACUUUUUUCUCAAUAAAUAUAAUCUGCGUAAGGGUGGUUUCUACUGUUAUUGUUAGGACAGUCCCAGAACAUGUGCAGCACUAAACAUCUGCAAUCAAAAAAGUGAUUGAAUGAUAGUUGGGGCAUAUGAGCUUCUUAUUCCUAAUAUCCUGUAUGGUGUCUGUUUUAUUUCUGUUCAUACUCAGGACAUUGUUACACUUUGAUUAUAUUGACCUACUGUGAUGAUGGGAUUGCAUGUUUGAUCAUCAGAAAAUGCGUCUUGUUCAUGCAAGAUAUCCAUGAUGGCAGGCAAAGCAGAGUCUGAGACCACGAGGACAGCCUGUGCCCUUGUAUCAUUAAUAACAUGAAAGUAUUUAUAGUUUCAACAGAUGAGUGGAACAGCACUGCAGGAAAGAGUAAAAAGAAGUUGCUGUAUUUUGUGCAUGAAGAUUAUUCCAGUGCCCCACCCAAGGAAUGCAUUAGCACUGAUCACCCGAGCUCAUUUACUCAUGCAGAAUUAUACAAACUUUAAAAUACAGUACCCUAAAAUAUUCCCAUACAUCUGCAGAGAUAGGCUGGUCUACACUUACAGCAUACCUGCCAACGCUCCCCUUUUUCCUGGGACUCUCCUGGAUUGUCAUUUCUCCCGGGAAUCUCCCAGGAUGGGACGUAGUUUGAUGGUCCACGUUCAUUCAUGAAUCGGAUCACUAUAUUUGUCCAAAGUUUCCAGGUUUCCAGACAACCGAAGAUUAAUCUGUGUUUCUGCUGAGCCUCACAGACUCUGGAUUGAUACUUUUACUUUACAGUUUGGGAUGAUUCAGGUCAGUUUAAGCUGUAAACUAUAUUUAAACAGUGUUUGUUGCAAAUGAACACUUCAAUGAAAGGGAAACAAACAUGAGAUGUAAUAUUAACGUUGAUAGUCUUACACCGUCUCGGAGUGAUGCAUAUGAAACAUAUGAGGACUUUAACACCAAUAUUCGUGGACAACCGUAUUUUUCGUACUAUAAGGCACACUUAAAAUCCUUUUGGCUUGUCGGAGCACUGCAGCUACCGUAGCCUUGUGGAGUUAUUGAGUUAAAUAUAGUUUGACUUAUCUGACUGUUUUGUUUGACUUAAUGUGCUCCUCACUGUCCUCUAUGGGAAAAGGCGAUCCCUCAGUGACAGAGCCUUCAGUGUGGCCGCCCCUCCUCUCUGGAACUCUCUUCCCUCUGAGAUUCGUCAAGCACAGACUCUUGACUCUUUCAAGUCUGCUCUGAAGCGACACUUGUUUAUUCAGGCUUUUGGUAUUUAGUUAGUUUUUUUUUGUAGUGUGUUGUUAAGCGCUUUGGGUAUCCUGAAAGGCGCAAUAUAAAUGUAAGAUAUUAUUAUUAUUAUUAUUAUAAUCCGGUGCGCCUUAUUUAUGAAAAUAGAUGUGAAUAGACGCAUUCAUUGAUGGUGCGCCUUCUAAUCAGGUGCGCCUUAUAGUGUGAAAAAUACGGUAAAUACUGUAAGUUUGAGGCAUAUCAUAGCUAUUAUUUUUUGUAUGACCAUUUGUUAUUGUUAAAACAAAACAAAAAAAGUGUGCAGCUUCACUUAUACUUUUUGGAUGAGCAAUCUAAUUACAAAUACUCUCAUAUUUAGCUCAUAUCCACCAUAUAAGGUAACCCCAAAACUGCACGCCGUGCGUCGCAAAAAUCUCCCGGAUUUUAAAACCCAAAUGUUGGCAGGUAUGACUUAGAGUAGCUUUCUGCAGGCCAAAAAGAACAGAAAAAAAAAACAAGAAAAAUUCUGACUGAAUCCAGAAACCUUGUGGAUCUCUGAAACUCUGCUCUUUUUGUUUUCUUGGUAGUGUUUCAAACCUUUGAUAAGAUGUUCUCAUUGAAACACCCAAAUAACCGCUGCCCUCCAGACAACACUCGUGACCACAUUGACCUUGAUGCAGCUUGCUGUGUAACAAAAUCUGAAACUUCUAAAGUCUUUCUUUAAUUUAAACGCCCUAACAUGUUUUACUUCCUGUGUCUAAAUUGACCUCUGCUCUGUUUCCUAAGAUGGCCUUCUCAUCUGCCUCUGUGUCCGCAUGACAGAAGGUCCAUCAGUGAUCUCAGGAUUAACGUCGUGUUUCAGCCUCUCAUGUCUCUGGACAAAAAGCACGACUGUCAGUGAUUAAAUACAUUAACAUGACAGUGCGGCGGAUAUUUCUGCUGCAUUUUCUGGUAUUUAUGGGCCUUUUUGUACCAUAAACGCUUCAGUCAGGAACAGACUCUGCUGAACCGCUGCAGUGAAACAGAUCUUGGGAUUACUGAGUGGGUCAAAGUAUUGUUUUAAUCUGGUUUUGGCGUUGUGUCCCUGAAUGGUGCAGAAAAGACAGAUGGCAGAGGUUUGAGUGAAAGCUGGUGGAGGGAGAGAGGGAGGGGGGAACUUACAAUCUGACCACUUGUUUCAUAAACGCAUCAUUUCGUGACGUCACUGACUUCCCUGUGCACAGUAUCUUCUACAGUAGGUUUCUAACAGCUGAGAGGAAGCUGCUUAGAAAGCUUCUCUUGAAGGACAAGUUGCGUAAAUGAUGAGUUUGCAGUCUUUUCUUUUUUCUCCAAACCUGGACUGACUGUGGGACCUUUAGGGCGGGCAGAAAAGACAUUUUAAUUAACAGAUUCUGACUGAUCCUUUACCACCAGAAAGACCUUUUUUGGAUUAUGUGAUGUAUUAUCUGACAGUGCUGAUAAGAUGCCAUUUAUUGCAGACAUGUGGACACAUUUAUGAACUUGAGCUCAGAGGAAAAAGGCGACUCAGUGCACCAAACGAGAAAGCGGGGAAACCUUGAAGCUAACUGAAGAGCAGGAGAGAUCCAAGUGUGUCAACUGUAAGCUAAUGCCAAUGAACCGAGAAAACUCCCUGUUGUCACAAGCAUGCAUGUGUGAUGUGUCUAUGAAUAGUGCAAAAACGAAUGGGCUUUUGAAAUGCAAAGCCCUGAAACACACUCUUAGACGUAAAACUCUCAAAAUCUGCUAAAUUACCCAAAAUUUUCUGUUUACAGAAAACUCUAGCCUAGCUUGCCAGCGCCACAUAUGAGCAGGUGUUACAACCAAGAUACUUGAGCCUUGACUUAAGUACUUGUCCAGGGACUUUUCAGUCUGACUUUAGAUUGCUGAAGGUCUGAUCCAAGUCUAAGUCAUUAGUUUGAAGACUUGGAUUGGACUGGGGUCUGAGUUGUUGGGUUAUGACUUUAAGAAAAGCUCAGUAUGUGUGGUGCAUGUGAUGUUUAUGUAAAUGAUUUGAAGUGAGAUGAAAAAUGAUACCAGAUCAUAAUAUUUAGUGCAAAAAUACGUCACUUAUAAUCUUAGAAUGAGUCAAGUAUGAGAUGAUGGUGUUGCCCUUGGCUGCUGUAAAUCGAGGAACUUAAUAACAGCACUAAGAGUGAACCUACUAGAGGACUGAAAAUGCUAAUUAUGAAACCGACUUUUGUGACCUAAAGCAAUGUACAAGACUUUUCCUACAUUUAUACGCAAAAAUCUGUUCAUAAAGUUGAGUAAAAGACAUGUUUUUGCUAUAAUACACCUUUUACUCACAUUACACACACACUCAGUUAUAGUGUUGCCUGUUAAUGAGGCUGUGAAUGCUCAUACGAACAGGGAAAAGAUGACCCACAUAACAGAAACGUAGAGGAGGCAGCGUCGUAGCUCAGAGCGCUGAGGUUAAUUUUAGUGCUUUCAUGACCUGCUUCGUUUCACAAAGGUAAAAUACACUCAUGUUUUUACACUUAAAUCAAGUCAGACACUACAGUGUUGGCAGGAUCUGUCAUCUCUGAUUUCUUUUUGCUGUGUGUCUAAGAACAUCUAAACCCUCCUCCGGGGGCUCUUUAACAUUUCUAUUAACAUGAACAGUCUGAACACUGGUGUGUAAAGUGUAACCAGAGCUUCAUUUUUUCAUGUUAACUGAAGAUGAAGUAAUGUGAGAAGCUAAGGCUUGUUCCUGGAGGAGUCCCUACAAGUCUAAAAGCCCAAUGUGAGCGUUACUCUGACAAAUUAGCAGAAUUUCUGCUUAUUAUAGCUUUGUAACUUUUUAAUUAACCUUAGAGAGAUUUGCCUCUGUUCCUCAGAGCCACUAAUCAAGUCUUUUGGAAUACAGUUGGAGUUGUUUUUAAUAUUUUGGAAUAAGAUAUGUUCAAAAACAUCACAGCUGAAUGGAGCAACAACAUAAAAAUUGUGUAAAUAAAGCACCCACAUACUGGUAAACAGAAAGAGCACAGAUCUACUGAUACUUAAACUAGCUGAAUGGGAUAAAUCUGUGCAAAACACUUCUACCUUUUGUAUGUGAACAGAUCGUGAGCUCCAUCUCAGGCUGCACUGGCCUCUAAACUGGACCUCUGAAGGUCAGCUGAUAGUGGAUACAGACAAAAACAGAGAUAGCAGCCUCAGUCUAGCAUAGUUAUAUAACAUCAAAAACAACAGUAUUUCAUGAGAAAUCAUCACAGAUUACCUUUGUUUUUUAGUUGAAUGAUCUCGUUUGAGUAAACUGAUCCUCUCUAUAGAAAGGAAAACCUCUGGAUGUCGCAGAAAUUCACAAGAGUUUGUUGCCAUUAAGCUGCCGGUCUCACAAAGUAAGUGGAUUUUACAGUUCGCUUCUAUAUCAUACUGGACUAUAUUUAGAGUUGCUGUUGUCCACUCAAAAAUAUUAUGUCAUAAAGGCCAACUACAAGAUCGAUUCAAUGAAUUAUAUAACCCUGAAUAUACAACAACCCAUUUUUUUUCAGAUGCAUUAAGGGAAAAGAAACCUUGUCUUAUAAUCGGAUCAAUAUGGUACAGUAUCAUUUUGCAUUGUGUUGUAGCGCAUCAUACUGAUCCUAUUCAAUUAUAUCGCAUUGUUUUGUAUCAUGGCAUCAUUUUGCAUUGUUUCAUCAGUCACCCUGCAAUUUCAACCCAGAGUCCUUUGUUGGGCAUUUAAGGAAAGAUAAAAACAAGGACUUUAAAGGGAUAUUCCGGAGUAAAAUUAAUUUAGGGUCAAACACACCGUUACACGGAGUUAGACACCCCCUUGAGAGAUGAAUGUUGCCGACCGCUUGCUUCUUUAGUUAUACCAACUCUAGUAACAACCGCACAAUAGCAAUACACAGAGCUCUCAGGAGCCACACACAAACCUCAACCAAAACGUCACUCUAUAGCCAUAAAUAAUGCUCAGAACAGCACCUAACUUCAUCAUUAAGUAGAGGUUUGUUUUUGCCAUCACAGCUCAUGUUCUAAGUGUUGGCCAGGGCGAUCUGGAGCAGUUUGAAUAAAUCUGUAACUUUUAGUCAAACAUCCAGACUAUGUCAAAUAAGAAAAAUACCAGAGCUUUACUUUGAUUUUCUUGCUGGUGACUUGUCUCGGUGGGUGGUAGACCAGGCCAAUCCCCCACUCUCUAUUCAGCUAAUCAUUUGUGGUCGGUAAUCUAAAACCAAUUAUCAGCAGCCAAAUGCCUUUCUGAAGAGUAACUAAUGAAAAUCAGGAAAAAAGCAGCACUGCAUUCCUUUCAUGACAUGCAGGUUAAAGAAAUGUUGGUGCACUUUUCAAAGUAUUUCUCGGGUCAGUGAGCAGGUCUUAUCACUGCUAUGUUUUUGUCAGAUCUAAAAUUUUCACACCCACUUAAACUUUAAUGAAAUUCGGGGGUUGGGGUUUUGAAUGAGCUGCCGUGGGAUGUUAAACAGGCGGGUACUAGCAGCUGCAUUCCUCACAUGCUUUGGAUGUAAACUCCUGCCCAGGUUCGAAUCGGAUGCACAGUUUUCUUCUUCUUUUAUCAGUCAUAGUGAAGCUGUUGACAGCUAUGGACGGACACUGACUUCAGCCCCCUGCAACAUGAGCAGGUAGAAGAAAACCGCUACGUGUCAUUCACUCAGCACGCGUCAUCAGAUAAAGACUGUUUUGAAAGGUGUAAUUCAGGGCUGUCAGACUGUUGUGGUAAUUUGAUUUAGUUGGUGCUCUGUCUGCAGGAAACAGCUGAAACUUAAUCCUUCUGUUGAGUCUGUGUUGCUCUGUCUUUCUUCAUAUUACAUAAUCUGUAGUUAUGUUAACAGACAACUUUGACACGGCUCAUUGUUGCAUGAAAAUAGAUUCCAGGGGUUGAUAACUUGUUAUUAAUUAGCGGGAUACCCAGGUAGUUUGAGUAUUAAAAACAUAUCUCCUUGCAUUCUGCAAAGCUACAACUGCUUUUCUAACUGACCUCUGCAAUGGAGUUCUUCUUUUUGGCUGUCACAACCUUUUUGUACGGAUUGUUUUUUAAGCAGAUAUGACUAUAUUUUGAUAAGAAAGCGGCUCAAGAGAAAAGGAGAAGAAAGGUAUAAUUUGUUAGCUAAUUCUAGCAUCAAAUUAGUUUGCAAAGAGCACAAGAGUUUAGCAAGAAUUGAAGAAUUGUGAAGAAUUAGACAAUGUACUUGCCCUGUAAAUAACUCACUGACAAUGCCCACAUAGAUAAUGCAUUAUACAUAUAUUUAUGAUGUGUUGUACUUUGCUUAUAAACUUGUAUAACUAUCAUUAUAAACACUCAUUAAUUAUCAUAAGGCUUUAUAACAAUAAGCAGAACACAUAAAAUAAAAUGUUACCAAAUCCAGAAUAUAAACUAUAGUAAUGCACAAGUUGCAGUCCACUAUUAGGGGUGUCUUAGAGGAAAAAAUCCAUGUGCAGUUUAUGUGCAGCUGUGAAACUUUUUCUAGUACCAUCCAUUUAUGUUAUGUUGAGUUUGCACUGAAGCUUAGCUCACAUUAACUGAUGUUUACAGACCAGUGCCUGCCAUCAUUAUGUCUACAGUUACACCACCUCCCUCCCCUGGUCACUUGCUUUCUAUUAUUGAAGAAUCUUUUCAACCGAACCAGAAGUUCAUUAAGUUUAUUCACCCGAUAGUUUACCUGGAUUUCUUUCAAAUGAGGGAGAAAUUUGUAAGAAAGUUGUGGCGUCAGUCUGGUCCUUGUGAGGGAUGCUGGCUAGAAAUAAGUUUUCAUGAGGUGAGCUGGCAAAGGAACCAGACUUCUCAGCAAACACAGCAUUUUUAAAUGACAGCAGGGAUCACACAGGUCCAGUAAUUGUAAAUGAGUCAGAGAGGUCAGAGAUGGUGCAUGACUGAGGGUAUGGAGAAGGCGCCUCCCACGACAGCUGUUUCUGAGAAUGAAGUCAGAAUGACGGCGAGACUUGACAUGUCAGCUGUCAGAGAGGAAGCCGAGACACAAAUGAAAGCAAAACCGGCUGAUUCAAUAAACAUCUUAAAACUACCGUCUAAACCAAUAAGAUAAUUACAUGCAUCAGUAUUUUAUCAGAGUAGUGAAGGCGUCAUCUACAGUAAGAGUAUUUCACGGAUAACACUGCUGCUGGGUAACUGUAGUGGUUUGAAAGGUGACAGAAAUACCCACCAGUAGCAUGCUGGUUGCAUUCCAGUGAAGUAUUAUCUAAGCACCCGGGUUUUUGACCCCAGACUGACCCUGAACAUCUCCCUCCAGGGCAGAGAAGACAAAAUCUCCCGGGUGUUGACAGGUUCCUGUGUCCUUUUAAAACAAACUUAGUGAAACACCUGUAAUCCCUCUAGGCUUUAAUCACAGGUUAGAGGUGAACUGAUGCCUCAAUUCAGCCACACAGAAGAUUCAAAUACUGCAUAUUCACAUUUAAAAAUAUAUAUUAUGAAAAUAAGUGACUACAGAAACUCUGAUUUUUGUGUGUUUCGCAAAAUGAAAUAAAAAAAAAAUCCAAAAGAUCAUAAUUUAAAGAAAAAUAAGACCAGAUCACAAUCAGGAUUUUGGCUUUCCACUAUCAUUGAACGAGACAGAUGUUGCUAAUUGAUGUAAAAUAACACAUGCUCAGCUUUAAGAAUACCUUAUUGAAGUUAAAGUUGUCAUAUUUGUCAAAUUGUUAACAUCCAGCAUGGGCCAAAAAUGCCUUUUUUUAGCCCUCUUGGGUUGUGAGUUGCUGUAUCAUAUUGAAAUCCUGCAGUUCUACUUUUAUGCUUCCAAUAUACAAACAACUGUGUAUUCAUUAUCAUGUCGACUGCAACAAAAACAUCACUCUGCAUGAAAUCAAUUCUUUGCACAAACUUUAAAAGGCAUAGUUUUUUUGCUUAAUUAAAUUGUCCUUUUUCAAAACUUAUAUUGAACGGAAAAGGUCAGAGAAAAUCAUUCUGACUAAAUCAGUGCAAGACAAGAUAAUCCUGAGGUGUGUAAAUCUGGCAUUUAUUCAGUUUUCUUUGCGAUUGACUGAUGUAUUUUACUCCGCAUGAGAGGGCAGUGGUAUUUCAGGAGUGAGCAGGUUAAUAAGUGUUCUCAGAGACGUCCUCCUCCUCUUCCUCCCCUUCUUCCCCCUCCCUGAAACAUGUGAAAGGAGGGUUUGGCAUUUCUUCUUGUCGUGAGUCCCGAGUUCCAAAAGUUUGCAUAAAAGGCCUGGUUGCCUAGCUGCAUGAGGAGUCUCAGUGUGGCUGCCAGGCUUUCCCUUGUGUGUGUUUGUGUGUGUGUGUGUGUGUGUGCAGGUCUGUAACUGAACGGGAUCCUCUGCAGUGCUGUCGGGCAGAGAAUUCCCCCUGUGCUUCAUCGUAUUCAGUUUUCAGCCUGCAGCAGGGCGUCAUUCAGAUGUUUCCAUAGUGAGUUAGCUCCUUUUCAGCUGAAGUGAAUUGACCUCUAAGAGAGAGUUUUCAUGCAUUCUCUGAAUUUCCGCUUUGUGUGGUCUCAUUUCACGUUUGGAGACGUUUUAAGGAUAUUUGUGGAGAUGCUGACCCAGAGUCAGUUCUGCGGGAGCACGUUUUCAUUUGCUAGCUUUUUGUAUGAGUUUUUGAUGCAGCUAAAAAUAUCCUUAUUGAAGAAACUUCACCAAGUGUGUUAUAAAUUUAGCAUUGAGAGUUGAAACACAAACUUGAGAAGUGAAUAAAACCGAGGAGACCAGAUUUAAGUCGUCUUUGUACGUCUCUCCAGAAGACGCAACUAUAAUUAUACCAUUGUAGACAAUUAUAUAUCAACUCUAUAUUAGCUUUUUCACCUUUUUACCGUCUGAUAGCUUUUUAUUUAGCCAUCUUUAUGUCUACUAUUUUUAAUACCACCCAUGACAAGAAGACAAUGAUCCUGUCAGUCAGUCCACACCAGCAUGAAGAAUCCCAGCGUUAUGUUUAAGACAGGACAUAGAGGUCAAGUCUGAUUCCUAUUAAAAACAGUGAAUAAGUUCAUACAGAAUGGCGGUCCAUGUGUGCUCAAAAUUCUGCUGUUUCUUUACAGCCUCGGUCUGGAAAUAGGAAACAAGUUCAAUGUCUCGCUUUGCAGUAAUGACCCACAAAAACCCACACAGGAUAAGCAGACGUUUUUAUUUUAGUUUGAGACCUUUUAGUGUCACUCCACAGAGCGUACAGACCUCUUGAAGCUGUCCUCUUAUCUCUGCAUGUCAGCUUUGCAGCGGCAAAUGAAGCAAAACUCACCAACUGAGCUGACAUGAGUUACAUUACCUGCUUUCGGCUCAUCUGUAGAAAACGCCUGCAUGAAUGACACUAAAGACAACAAAGCAGAAGAGACACUUACACUGAGCUGGCUUAACACAGGUGCACAUAAAAUGGGUAAAAGCACAUAGAUAAACCAUCAUCAUGCAUCAUUGGAAUGCAGUUAAUGCUCCUGGUGUGUGAUUUCAAACCAUGAGCUUCUUUUCACCCAGUGAGAGAGCUCCUGACACAAAGCAUGUUGGCUGCUUGAUUUACAUUUGGGCGUGCAUGUAAUAGAGUAAAGCAUUCAGUCCACCAGAGUGAGCAGCGCAGCUCAAACCUGGAGAAUAUAUGGCUGUAUUUUGGAUCUUGGCCAAAGUAGACAGAGAAAUGAUAUGGCUGGAAAUAUAGUAUGGUAGCACUUCUGUAUUGCUUUUCAAAGUGAAAGUCUGACCUUAUUUUUUUUUUGAUCUUGAAAGACUCCUCUCAUUUUCACACAGUGCUUUUAAUUUACACAGCUCUUCUUUUGAGUCUGUGCUAAACUUAAGCAUAAAGAAGUUGUCAUAAUUCUUGUAGGUUGUAGGUCUUGUGGAUUUAUCGACAUAUUUUAAUAAUCCAGUAGGGCUGGGCAAUAUGGCGUCAAAUCAAUAUCAAGAUAUAUUGAGCAGUUCAUCUUAAUAAUGAUAAACGGAUGAUAACUAGGGAGACUGGGGCUUGUUGUCACAUGGGUAAGUUGCCACAGUGCAGUUAUCUUUGCCACCAGAGGGCGCAACUAAAAAGUGGAAUACUAGUUUUCUUUAUUUAUAUGGUCAGGGGUCGUGUCCUGUCUGAGAAGUGAAGCGCACAUUAUGAGCUGAGAUGAGUGCCAAUUAACCAUUUUGCACAACCCAAAGUAAAACAUUUUAACUUAAAAUAUUUAAAAAUAAGCUUCUUCCAGAUAAAAAUCUUAGCAGUGAAAAAUAUGGACUUGUUAGAGGAGAGAUGAAGGCAUCCUGUCAUACCUCAGUCAUUGUUCUGUUUUAAGCUAACUUUAACCUAGAGCUAGAAUUAGCAAAUGUUGUAGUUUGGGGCAACAUGUCUCAGUUAUUUUGGGUUUAGUUGUCACAUGUUUAAAAGGGAUUAAAAUUUACAUAAAGAGUCUGUUUAUCAGCAGUUUACAUGAUGAAAUUUUGACUUUAUUUUUACAGAAAAAAAGAGUGCUUUAAAGGAGAGGAGAAAGUGAGAAAACAUGGUCAGGAAUUACAAAAGAAAAACAGAACAUGGCAGUGCAGUUCCUGACGUGAUGCUGAGUGCAAUCAGGCAGGUGAUCCUCGCUAAUAAAUCAAUCUGGAGGUCAAUAAAGGACUUUAAUGUCAACGACCAUACCUUGGCUCGGUACAGCAAAACAUUCACCCCAGCUGAAAUACAGUCAGACAGCUCUCCAAACUCCAGAGCAUGUUGUAUAAUAUUUUAUGUUAACGUUUGUUCAACGACUUUUUUUAGCUUUAUCAUAAACAUUUUCUGUGUUUGACUUUAAUGCUCACUUUCAAGUAAAAAAAAAAAUGAUAACAACAAUAAUUUUUUACUUGUUUUAUUAGCUGCAAAAUCCACACCAAAAUAUAUUGACAUGAGUAAAAUGACGUCGGUAAAUUUUCGGAUUGUCGCCCAGCCCUAUAAUCCAUUAACAUCAGGUCAUAGGAGAUAUCUUCCAGAGUGUCUCUCUCCCUCUCUUUAUGACUCAUUCGUCCCUUACUAAGUCAGAUGGCUGUGUUUCAGUUAUGCAGACGUCUCAGAUUUUCGCUGAGUGUACCUGAAGUUUUCACACAGACGGUACUUUAGUGAAGGGGCUCUCCAUUCAGUUUGGUGGUUCUUGAGAGGAGGAAUCAAAGUGAAGUAAUCCCGCCGAGGCUGAUAAAGAGAGGAAGUGCAUGAUGCCCUGAGAUGUGACUGUGAUUGGACGAGUUUCCUCUUCGCUGAAGAACUCUUGAUGCACAGCCAUGUUUUCUGGUUGAGUUAAGACGAAGCAUUAAUGACUUGGAUAUAAUCCUCUCCUCUCUCUGUAUUUGUCUGUGUUUGCCUGCAGGGCUGUAAAUCAGUGUAGUAGUUGAUGUCAUCUCUAACAUGUUAUCUCGUCCUUUGCUGUGUUUCCAUAAAUGAAACGUAGUCAUUAGAGCGACUGUCAUCACAGAUUAGACUCCGGGGAUCUGAUGGGACAUGUCUCUUCCUCUGUACAGUCGAGGCAGAGACGAGCUGAGUAGAAAAUGCUGUUCACUGUCUCUCACAUCCUGUGUUUGUCUCAGGUUACUGGCUCUUACUUUGGCUUUGUCAUGCCCCUGCGGAGAAGAGUGGUUUCAACAGUGUAUACUUGUUUUGUUGAGUUAGCAUCACCCAGUUCUGCUGUACUUGUAGAUCUCUCUGUCUGUGUUUCUCAUAGUUACCCACAGUCUUCAGGAAGAAGAAGAAGAAGAAGCAGAAAAGAAUAAUCAUCCAGUAAAAUCAUCUUUCUAGUAUUUCAUCUCUGGUUUCCACAAACAUGGACACAAAAUCUUUCUCUUUUUCUCAUUCUCAUGUUUGAAUUCCACCUGCGAUAAUCUUCUAUAAUCUAUAAUCAGACUGUAUUUUUAUUUUGCAUGGCAGCGAUUCCCAAAGACAUCAGGAGGAAACAGCUUACUGUGUUUAAAUAAGAUGACAUGUGAAUGCAAUAGAUAACAGACUAGGUAAUUUACAGUAAGCAAACAGGUGGAGUUGACUGCUCACCUCAGUCAUCUGUAUUACGUGUUUUACUGUUUCAGUAUUUUUAAAGCACCUUUAUCUACAUUGGUGUGGUAUCAAUACUGAUACAGUCACAAAACACUCCUAUCUCUGCAUGUGCUAACCCACCACCUUGUAAUCUAGUCAAAAAGACUAUAUUGAGAUAUGAAAGCCAGGGAUGCUUUUGAGUGACCAAUAUCUGAGCGGUUUGAAAGGAAAUGGAAAUUUGCACCAACUCACUAGCUAUAAACCUAUUUUCCAGUUGCAUACAUGUGUGGAGAUGAGUCCAUGAAAUUCCUCCCCACUGUUUUAUUAUGGCUCAAAAAUUUGUCUCAAAUACUGUCAAAAACUUUUGCACUUUUCCAGAUUUUGGGGAGACUGUGUCACAAUAUUCUAGUUUGAUGAACAGGCUGCUAACUAGAUAACAGUCACUUUCUUUUAACUAAGUUUCUUGUUGAUUUAAAAGUGACUUUGUUUAGUUCAAAAGGACUUGUUUUCUAGUUUUGACACAUUAUGAAUUUGAGAGACAUACUUCUGUUCAUCCAGGUUUGUAAGUCUGACUAUAAAAAGGUUGAUUUCCAUGCAGUUUUAGCUGGACUAACAUGUUUACAACUAGGGCUGGGUGAUAUGGCCUCAAAUCAACAUCAUGAUAUAUUGAGCAGUUCACCUCGAUAAUGAUAAAUGGAUGAUAACUACUCCACUUAGUCUACUUUAGCCGCCACUCCAGCUGCUACAACUUUUAAACCUUUCUCCAUCUCCUCACCUGUCUUUCUUUCUUUGUUACGGACUGGAUCAGGUGGAGUUAUGACUCCGAUGUAGGACAGCAUCCUAAAGGGACAUGAGACCAUAGCCUACCUACACAAAUCCAAAGCCACCUUUAACUAUUUAUUUUUUUGACACGGAAUAUAUUGACAUGGGCAAAAUGACGUUGGUUAUUAUCAUAAAUUUUUAUAUUUUCAGUCUAUUGCCCAGCCCUAUGUACAUGCUUUUUUAAAAGUCCAGUUUCAGUCAGACUAUUGUUAAAAAAGUCAUGUUUUUAAGAACAUCUAAACGUACUGAGUCACUGUGAAAACUGUUGAAAGGCUCCCCCCUCACAGCAGGUAGGGGUAUUUAAAAUUACAACAUAGAAAUUAUCAAGCUUGUCAUCACUGGCCUCAUUUGUAUUUUUAAACCAGAGAUGUAUCACUUCUCAGCCUGUUUAAUAACCAAUCAGAAACGUGUAACAGUACCUUUAAGAUAAGAAAAUAAUCAAAGCUAAACACAAUUUGGUGGUAAGCCUCAAAAUCGUCCAGAAUAUUUCAAAGGCUCGGGUGUAAAAGAAGAUUUAGAGGCAUCUCCUGCCAGAACAGCGUUACCAGCAGAAAGUGAUCAGAGGCAGAGCAAUAAAUCUGUCGAUUCAGAGUAAAACAUGGACAGAAACAAUGCUGUAUGAAUCUUGACUCGAGUUUGAUUGUGGGAGUUUAACCCCCUCCGGUUAGACUGCCACAUUAGCUCCCCAGACAGAAAGUGUUGGAAACGCCUGCAGCUACUUUUCUCCCUUUUUCUCACCCUUCACAUUCAGAGAAAAGACUGCAGGAAUCUUGGCUGCUCCCUGCAAAACUGACUUCAAGUUGUUUACAAACCCCUCGUGUUAAAUAAUAAUUGUGUGAUGUCAGGUCUUCUUUGACAUUUAAGAGUAAAAUGAUCUUUAAUGAUAGUAAUGUUUGUCUAUAAGCUCAGAAUAAAAGGUGGUUUCCUCUAACCUUUCCUAAACACUCCCACCCUGUGAUUUGGUGCGUUUUAGGAUUAAAUGUGAAAAUAUCAAAGGAAUUCCUGCUCAGAUUUGAGGUAGGGUUAUUGAGCGUUCCUGAUGAGACAUGUUGAAGUGUUUUUAACAGACCUUUGAUAGUCGGCUGCAGGAUUCAGCUGCUGCUUCUUCUGCUGUCUUGAUAUAAAAGUCUUAAAACAAACCCGAGUUCUCCUCCAUUUAUGCUGCAUAAGUUCGUGCUGAGAAGUGCCAGUGAAAAUGAGGAUUAUCCUGGUCAGUGUACCAGUAUGAGAAACAUAAGAUAUGCUAUAGUAUAAAAAAUACAAAGUUUAUUUAGGACUCUGCAGUUCCACCUGGUUAUAAUUAUGAGUCCUGUCAGAGCCUAUUACAAGUAAUAGAGGCCUCAUCGUGUCAGGACGUGCCCAAAGCAUCUGUUUCCACUCAGGCCUCAAACUUUUAUUACUUUAGAUUGAUAUCUGGUGAAUGACAUGUGAGAGUCUCACUAAUUCAGACCCGAUUAUUUAUGAUGCUUCAAGCUGACAGACUAACCGAUCUCUCAGUCGUCAUACAUAAAAAGCCGAGACUUAGUAAAGUCGUGUGUAGAUACACUUGUGCAAGAUCUUGCAACUGAAAAACUAUGGUUUUCUAUGCAGAGAUCUGUUGAUUUAGUAAUAUUAUCAGAUCUUUUUUUAUGUGCAUUAUAAAUCUCUGCAUACAACAGCUAAUAAAGAUUAAUGGAGGCUGUAUUACACAUGCACAAAACUCCUAAAAAGACAGAUAUAAGAUAUUGGAAUGAGUUGCAAACAGCCUGAUUUUUCAUCCUGAAUUUAACCAAAAUUUUUCCUGCAAGCCUCCAUGUAAAAUUCCUGCUAUAAGUCAGGAUGAACUGAUGGGGAAAUACUGCAUUCAGGGAAAACCACUGAGCGGGAGCAGGUGGGCUAAUGAUGAUUGUAUCAUUUGACCAAUGUGAAUCCAGAAGAGUGAAGGUCUCCGCACCCUGAGUCCGUGUGUUUUUAGAUGUGUUUUUAGGGUUCCUCACCAGAUUUGAAAAAUUGUUGCAGGGCACCAACGGCCAAGUCGUGCAAGUGCUCCACAUAAAGAGUCUAUAGUCCUCUUCACUGCAGCCACCAUUUCACUUCCCAGCCUUGACCUUCCCUCUUGAGCUUUUUGAUUGACAGCAAAAUGUCCAAAAAUAGCACUUAAGAAACAGGUUGUUGACAGACACCUUGCACGCUAAAGCUGAACCUGCAAAAGUUUGCAUUGAAGAAAAGUUAGACAUUUAACAGCUGAUUUUUUGAAAGGAAAGAAAAGGCUUGGUUUAUCUAAUCCUGAAAAAAGACGAGGGCAAGGAGAGUUUGAGCUGCUGAUAAAGGAGCUCUGGGAUUAUCAUGAUCGCUUUCAGUUCACAAAGGUGAUCAGACAAGGUGGUUUAACAUUAUCUGAAUAAAUGUCUGAAUGAUGCUCACGGUUUAACUCCCCUCAAAGAGUGUAAGGCAUUUACACACAGGCAUUAACAUAAAAUCCUGUUAACCAUUUUGCUCUUGUACCUUUGUAAAGCUCUGGUUGUAGAGCUACUCUGUCUGAAACAAUAUUAUAGCAGAAAAUGAAUGGUUUUUUCUGCUCUAAUGUCAGCCAUAAGUACCAAAUAUUUUGUAAAAAGGUAAAUCAUUGAAGAAUAAAUACCUCUUCCUGAAUGUUAACUUACUUCUUACUACCAAAACUUGUAACAGAAAAAAGUUUGUAAAGAAAAUGUGUCAAUAUGCAACCAGUUUGCAAGUCAGUUUGCAUCCUGCAGAAAAACAAAAAUAAAACAUGAAUCAUAUAAGCUGAACGUUGUGAGUCUUAGACAAACACAUGUAGCGGCACGUUUCUGUAAAAUAAAAACAAAUGGAUCAUAAUGGUGUUACUUCAAGUCGUGCACACAGUCUAAGAAAAGCAGAGCUAAACCCUUGAUUUCUUCUUACAAUUGUUUGACUAAAGAUUGAAUUAAAGCUCAGAAAAAUUUGCAGUGUAAGUCAAAUCUGCAUCAAGAAUUAUUACAAAAAACUGCUGGACUUCCAGUUUAGCUUUUAAGCCUCAGAGCCUUUUUCCUGAAGGUUAAAGAUAAAAUCAGCAGGAAUUUACUUCAAAACCAAGAAGACUUGGAGACAACUGUCUCUGUGGAAGAGCUUUGAGAUGUCUUAUCAGGCAGGACUACAUUCCUCUGAGUUUGUAGAGUCUGAUAUUUUCGUGGGACUCCUUUAACUCUGUCUGUGAAUGAUAAGAAACUGAUCUUUCUCAGGCACAGUAGCUGCACACUCCCUGCGGUUUGGCAGAAACCACAGCUAGUAGUUUGUGUGGGUGUGUUUGAUGUGGUUCAGACUGCGCCGAUAGUGUGUGUGUGAACUCGCAGCAGUUCAGCUGGUCAGCCGGCACUCUGACCAAAUCUGACCUCUGGUUUUUGGCUCCCAUUGCGGAUUAUUUUUGCAGCUCACAUGACUCCACGAGGACUGUAUGUGGGUGUAACAACCUGGACAGCUGGGAUGUCAGUCCUCCUGGUUUUCCUGUUUUUUUCACUCCUUGUGUUUCCUGUUCUCUUCCAGCAGCUGAGAGGAUGAAGGGCAGGAGUCCGGGCAGUUUGCGGCAUUUGUAAAAGGGAACAGAAACACUGGCGGACUCUACGGCUUGUCUGUGUGCGGCGGAGCUCACCAUGAGCUAGAAUCAUCAGGGACUGUCACCGCCGCUGCCCCCCACCCCACCCCACCCCUGUCCUGAGCUCUGUGUCUGACUGACAGCAGCCUAACUCCCCCUGCUUCAUGAUCCAGCAGGAUGCGGCUGAGGUCCUCGCACUCUCCGAGCGCCUCCUCGUAGCUUCACACAAGGGACAGGCCGACAAUGUGGUCCAGCUCAUCAAUAAGGGAGCGAAGGUAGCCGUCACCAAGGUGAGUGUGAUCACAGCCUCCUAAAGCUGACUUUGGAAAGACUUUAAAUUGACUGACAGAAACAUUUGAUCUUAUGAGUGGAGUUGUUGUUUUGAGGUUAAUUACAAAAGUUAGAGUCCCUGUUCACAAGGAAAACAAUAACCAACAAUACCCAGGUAUCUCACUUAUCAAACCUGUACGAAAAAAGGUGAGUAUGUGUGAAGCAGCCAUCUCUCUGUGUGUCUGUCCGUUAAGUAUGCGCCACAGCAGUCUCUAAAACCAGUCCGAACCAUACUCAGUGAUCCUGCACAUUGUUAGGUGAUUUUAAUUAAAUAACUGCUGCUAAAUAUCUGUUAAUGUCACUUUAAAUUUUUACUCCUAACAUUGACGUUAUAGGACACACUCUUUUUUCUUUUUUUUUCUUUGUGCUUUAGAGGAAUGUCAACAUGAGACAAAGCUGAUGAAAUGUUGGAUGGACUUAGAGAUAAGCUUUUAUCUCUUUAUGACAUUUAGCAAAAAGCGUGGUCAGGCCCUGUUGUAGACCUACUCAGGCUGGUCAGCUUGUUUGACUUCUAUAUUGGAGUGUGAAGGCUUGUUGAUAAGGAAAUAAAGUCCUUUAAUCAGGCUAAUCAUAUUAAUAAAUAUAGAUCAAAUAUGUAUUAUGCUUUUCUAAUGAGACAUCUUUCUUUCUGGUUUUAUCAUCUUACUCAUUUUAUUACCUAUUUAUCCCAUAGUAGUCGAAUAGAAGUGGUUUAAUGUGAUGAUAAUGAUAAGUUAGAACAAAACUAAGAUUUGCCAUUGAUGUGUCUGGACCCCGCUGGAAACUCUGAGUCUUGUUUGCUGUUUUCAUAAAAUCCCCUAAUGCGACCUGUUAUUGGCGUGAUACUGUUCAGGCUCAGAGGCUUUAUCUUUCCUGUCAGAGGUCUGUUUCAUAGUUGGUGCAUGUUUUGGUGUCAUUUUACCUCCAUUGUGUUAUUGAAGUGUGUGACUCAUGCCUGUGGUCUGGUGAAGGAAGCCCAGUGAGAGUUUAAUGGAUAACAGGGAGUGGGUUGAACUACCUCUCGAUGUGUAGUUGCAGUAUUUUUAAACCUGAGGACAAAUUUACAUAUCAUUAGGUCUAAAUUAGGGCUGGGCGAUAUGGCCCUCAAAUCAAUAUCAUGAUAUAUUGAGCAGGUCACCUCGAUAGCAAUAAAUGGAGGAGAACUACUCCACAAGCUGGUCAGCCCUCUCCAGUCGCUACAACUUUUGAACCGUCCUCCAUCUCCUCACCUGUCUUUCCCUCUUUGUUACUGACUGGAUGGGGUGGAGUCAUGUCUCUGACAUAGGACAGCAUCUUAAAGGGACAUGAGACCAUAGCCUAUCUACACACAUCCAAAACCAACGUUUAUUUACUUAUUUUUUUGACACAGAAUAUACUGACAUAGGCAAAAUGACGUCGGUUAUUGUCGUAAAUUUCAGUAUCGGUAAGUUUUCGUUUUAUCGCCCAGCCCUAGUCUAAAUGUCCAAUAACUGGCAUCAUCCCUUCAGUUGACUGAUCCAAUCUGCAGCAAUGAAACAGGCUCAAAGGACUGCAGUGCAACUUUGUGCAACUGCUCGACUGCAGUAUGUCUGCAAAAGAGCUUUUUUCAGCCGGAUCAUUUUCUGCUUGUGAGACAUCAGAUGUGUUUUUAGUCAUUGUGACGUAAAUACAGUUCUAUCUGUGAGCUCAUCUGCAGCUCUUAAAGCAAUUAGACACAAAACAGAGCAUGAACGUGUUACUGCACUGGAGCUGCAAACACAUAAACACAACCUCAUUGUGUUUUAACACUUAACUUAUGAGAACAAAUUCAGCCGCCCCAUAUUCAGCAGAGAGGAUCAUUUACAGCCAGUGUUUCAAAGCUCUGAAGUGUUUUUAUGAGACUUACGAGUCGCUUCAGGCUGCUCUCGUGAGUGUGUAACGCUGGGAAAAAAACUAAGACUGUUUGUGUGUGAUCAGAAAGAUGAGGAUAGAACAAGAUGCCCAUGCUGGAUCCUUCUCCAAUUCACAUUCAUGUCUUUAGUCACUGAUUCAAGUGUUUGAUUUCCUUAAUAAUAUCGAAAGCAACUGCAAACAUGAGCUUACAGGCUGCAUCAGGGGCCCUUCCCUUUUACACUCUGAGAUCUCUGAGUCUGAAUCCUCAACACGGCAGCCUGGAUUUGCUCCCUGUUCAGGUGCUUUACUGAAUACUCCUCCUGUUCCUCUGCUGCUUUUCCUCUCUAUCCUUGUUUAUCUCUAAAAUGAAGAAGAAACGAAAAAAUAAAUAAAUAAAUAAACCAAACAAUAACAAUGCCACAGCUGAGCUACUGUGUGAACAGAUGGAUCUUAGUGAUACAAACAUGCACACUCUCCCCUGAGGUCUUCCUUUAUUCUUUCAUCUCUGCUCUCACAUCUCCUGAAACACACUGAGGUCAAAGGUCAUUCACCAGAGCUCAGGAUGUGUUGUAACUCUCCCGUGUGCCAGUUUGGGCGAGGGCUUAUCGAGAACAAUAACCGUGAUGUCAGAUGUGCAGAGCUAAUUACAGACAGAGGCGAGCUUGAAUGAUACACAUCAGUCUGUUCUCUAGUUAGAGAUUCAACUUGAAGUCGAAUCAGGACACACAGGAACAGACUUUGUGAUGGGAAGUGUUCAGGUUUCCUUUUUGGAGUCUGAGUAUUGACCAGUGAUGUAUCAGCAGGCUUCAGUGUUUUCAGGAAAAACAGACUGUGAAUAACCUUGUUUCACAUUAUUAAGAAAUAUGCACAAAAUGCCCAGUCAGUAUCAUCAGAGUGUGCAGUUAUUCUGAGAUAGAUCUGAUCAUUAGUUGCGUUUACAUGGGCACAAAUAAUCAGAAUAAAAGCCCGAUUGGAAUAAAAAAGCGUCAUGUAAACAUGUUGAUCGGAAGAUUCUGAUCCAAUCUGGCUCAAUCGGAAAGAAAUUGUAUUCCGGGUGGUUCAUGCCGAUUAUUAUUCCAAAACACAUCCAUGUUAACACUUAUUCCGAUCGCGGCUCUCUCACCUGACUCUAUCCUCACUCUUUAGCCUUUAGUUUAUUUAUUGAGGUCAGUACAGGAGGUUUCAUUAUUAACACUCUGGCAUAAAACAAAACCGCAGGUGCUGUGUCUGCUCCCCUGGUAACAUAGCAAGAUAAUCAUACUCCAAAUUAAUUUUCAUAAUCAAGGCCAUUGUGGUAAAAACAUCCUGUAGUGGGCUGUAAAAUGAGAGACAACAUCGUAAAAUUCCAACAUGAUUUUCUUAUUUCAUUCCUUGUUGUUUAAAGUUAACAGUAAAUCAGAUUUACAGUAGUUGUUUUUUUCUGCAGUGUGCAUCAGCUAUUUUGGGGAAAUUUUGCAGUACAACAACAAACUGUUUACUACAAUAUCACAUAAUAAAAUUAGAAACCUGCCUCCCUACUAUUCAUGGACAGCUUAAUAAUCUGUUAAAGCUCAUUCAGGGCUGUUUUCAGUGAACACAUACUAAGGUAAGAGCACCAACAUGAGUGUUAACAGAGAUUUUUCAAAGUGAUUAUACACAAGCAAGUUUUCGGUGCAAUGAGGAUGUUUUUUUAUGCACAAUCUUUGCAGAGACCAGAAAUGAAAGGAGAAAACACAAGAAUGCUUGCUGAGCUCUGUUUGUGUGUAAUCUUUACUCUUGUUGUUUCGUAUCAUGUGCUCUGUGUUUUCUGUUCUGGCUCUGCUAACCAAUUUUCCAUGAAAACAUGAACACAUGGCCUCAUAUUGACACAGCUACAACAACACUGGGUGUGUGUGUGUAUCUGUGUGUGUAUGUGCUGCUCACACUGAUGGUUUAGUGUGGACCGGCUGUGUUUGGUCUUUUGGCAGAUAGCCAGUAUGAAAGCUUAAUCCUGGAUAAAAAGGAGCAGAGUUUCAUAUCAAACAUUCCUCUGCUCAGAAAAAGAAAUGUGGGAAUAUUUUCCUAAAUGCUGAAAUGAUGAAUGAAGUGAGAGUUCAGAGUUUUCUGUCUGCAGAAAAUCAGAAUUUCCCCUCUGGUAAUCUCUUAAAAACCUUCAAGACAUUUUAUUGUUUAUUGAUAUUUAAGAUUUUAAAUGUUUGUGUUCAGACUUUUUGACUGCAAUGAUUUCCAUUACAGAGCCAUGUCUGUUUUUGAUGCAGAGCAACAAAGUCUAAACCGAACAUACUGACUCUAGCUAAGAAAUCAGUGCACACUCACACACCUGUAUCAGUCUGGAGACGACAAAGGCUCUCUGCUGAUCUGAGACCUGCUGUUUACCUGAACUCGCCUAGUGGCUUCCCUCCAAGUCGGGCCCAGUGAAACUCAAUCCAAGAAGCACAUAAAUGCAGGCCGAGCCGCACCCAAACAAAGCACGAACCUCCUCACACGACAUAAUGCCCAGGGUGAAACACAACUUGUGCUUUUAUGCACUCGUACCCGCUGCAUCUGUAACCCAACUCUUUCUACUCUGAUAAGUCACCUGGAUUUAAUGUUUGAAGUCAGGCUGACAUCCUGCUGUGUUACUCUUCUUCAUGCUUUUCAUCACACCAGAUAUGAUGAUCCAGAAGUCAGGCUAUGUUUGAGUUAAUCCUCUUAGAUAACUUAAAGAAGGAAAGUCCUGCUGCUGUGGUUUUUAGUCAUGCCACCCUCUGUGUUUGAGUCUAGAGCAUCCCCGAACUCCACAGUCUAUACGUAUGAUUUCAGAUGAGGAAAAUGAUAGGUGCUUUAAUGUCAUGUAGGGCUGGGCAAUAAAACGAUAAUGAUAUGUAUCAAUGCAGUGAACUGUCAUCGUCUGUCAGGUUAGGGUAAGGGUUAGGGUUAUGGUUGAUGCUAGGGUUAGGGUUAGGGUUGUGGUUGAGGAUAGGGUUAGGGUUAGGGUUGUGGUUGAGGCUAGGGUUAGGGUUAGGGUUAUGGUUAGAGUGAUGUUUGAGGCUAGGGUAAGGGUUAGGUUAGGGUUAGAGUGAUGUUUGAGGCUAGGGUAAGGGUUAGGGUUAUGGUUGAUGCUAGGGUUAGGGUUAGGGUUGUGGUUGAGGCUAGGGUUAAGUUUGGGUUAGGGUUAGUGUUGUGGUUGAGGCUAGGGUUAGGUUUAGGGUUGUGGUUAGGGUUAGGGUUAGGGGUUAGGGUUAUGGUAGAGGCUAGGGUUAGGGUUGUGGUUGAGGCUGGGGUUAAGGUUAGGGUUAGGGUUAUGGUUGAGGCCAGGGUUAGGGUAAGGGUUGUGGUUGAGGCUAGGGUUAGGGUUAGGGUUGUGGUUGAGGCUAGGGUUAGGGUUAUGGUUAGGGUUGUGGUUGAGGCUAGGGUUAAGGUUAGGGUUGUGGUUAGGGUUAGGGUUAGGGGUUAGGGUUAUGGUAGAGGCUAGGGUUAGGGUUGUGGUUGAGGCUGGGGUUAGGGUUAGGGUUAGGGUUAUGGUUGAGGCCAGGGUUAGGGUAAGGGUUGUGGUUGAGGCUAGGGUUAGGGUUGUGGUUGAGGCUAGGGUUAGGGUUAGGGUUGUGGUUGAGGCUAGGGUUAGGGUUAUGGUUAGGGUUGUGGUUGAGGCUAGGGUUAAGGUUAGGGUUGUGGUUGAGGCUGGGGUUAGGGUUAGGGUUAGGGUUAUGGUUGAGGCCAGGGUUAGGGUAAGGGUUGUGGUUGAGGCUAGGGUUAGGGUUGUGGUUGAGGCUAGGGUUAGGGUUAGGGUUGUGGUUGAGGCUAGGGUUAGGGUUAUGGUUAGGGUUGUGGUUGAGGCUAGGGUUAAGGUUAGGGUUGUGGUUGAGGCUAGGGUUAGGGUUGUGGUUGAGGCUAGGGUUAGGGUUAGGGUUGGGGUCGUGGUUGAGGCUAGGGUUAGGGUUAGGUUUAUGGUUGAGGCUAGGGUUAGGGUUAGGGUUAGGGUUGUGGUUGAAGCUAGGGUUAGGGUUAGGGUUAGGGUUAUGGUUGAGGCUAGGGUUAGGGUUACGGUUGUGGUUGAGGCUACGGUUAGGGUUAGGGUUGUGGUUGAGGCUAGGGUUAGGGUUAGGGUUAUGGUUGAGGCUAGGGUUAGGGUUAGGGUUAUGGUAGAGGCUAGGGUUAGGGUUAGGGUUGUGGUUGAGGCUAGGGUUAGCGUUAGGGUUAUGGUUGAGGCUAGGGUUAUGGUUAGGGUUAGAGUUGUGUUUGAGGCUAGGGUUAGGGUUAUGGUUAGGGUUAGGGUUUUGGUUGAGGCUAGGGUUAGGGUUAGGGUUGUGGUUGAGGCUAGGGUUAGGGUUAGGGUUAGGGUUGUGGUUGAGGCUAGGGUUAGGGUUAGGGUUUUGGUUGAGGCUAGGGUUAGGGUUAGGGUUAGGGUUGUGGUUGAGGCUAGGGUUAGGGUUAGGAUUGUGGUUGAGGCUAGGAUUAGGGUUAGGGUUGUGGUUGAGACUAGGGUUAGGGCUAUGGUUGUGGUUGAGGCUACCGUUAGGGUUGUGGUUGAAGCUAGGGUUAGGGUUAGGGUUAGGGUUAUGGUUGAGGCUAGGGUUAGGGUUAGGGUUGUGGUUGAGGCUAGGGUUAGGGUUGUGGUUGAGGCUAGGGUUAGGGUUGUGGUUGAGGCUAGGGUUAGGGUUAGGGUUAUGGUUGAGGCUAGGGUUAGGGUUAGGGUUAGGGUUGUGGUUGAAGCUAGGGUUAGGGUUAGGGUUAGGGUUAUGGUUGAGGCUAGGGUUAGGGUUAGGGUUGUGGUUGAGGCUAGGGUUUGGGUUAGGGUUGUGGUUGAGGCUAGGGUUAAGGCUAGGGUUAGGGUUUUGGUUGAGGCUAGGGUUAGGGUUAGGGUUAGGGUUAGGGUUAGGGUUAGGGUUGUGGUUAGGGUUAGGGUUAGGGUUGUGGUUGAGGCUAGGGUUAGGGUUAGGGUUGCGGUUGAGGCUAGGGUUAGGGUUAGGGUUAGGGAUAUGGUUGAGGCUAGGGUUAGGGUUAGGGUUGUGGUUAGGGUUAGGGUUAGGGUUAGGGUUGUGGUUGAGGCUAGGGUUAGGGUUAGGGUUAGGGUUGCGGUUGAGGCUAGGGUUAGGGUUAGGGUUAUGGUUGAGGCUAGGGUUGGGGUGGGGUUGAGGCUAGGGUUAGGGUUAGGGUUAGGGUUGUGGUUGAGGCUAGGGUUAGGGUUGAGGCUAGGGUUAGGGUUAGGGUUGUGGUUGAGGUUAGGGUUAGGGUUGCGGUUGAGGCUAGGGUUAGGCUUAGGGUUAGGGUUAUGAUUGAGGCUAGGGUUAGGGUUGUGGUUGAGGCUAGGGUUAGGGUUAGGGUUGUGGUUGAGGCUAGGGUUAGGGUUAGAAUUGUGGUUGAGGCUAGGGUUAGGGUUAGGGUUGUGGUUGAGGCUAGGGUUAGGGUUAGGGUUGUGGUUGAGGCUAGGGUUAGGGUUAGGGUUAUGGUUGAGGCUAGGGUUAGGGUUAGGGUUGUGGUUGAGGCUAGGGUUAGGGUUGUGGUUGAGGCUAGGGUUAGGGUUAGGGUUGUGGUUGAGGCUAGGGAUAGGGUUAGGGUUGUGGUUGAGGAUAGGGUUAGGGUUAGGGUUAGGGUUGAGGCUAGGGUUAGGGUUAGGGUUAAUGUUAUGGUUGAGGCUAGGGUUAAGGUUAGGGUUGUGGUUGAGGCUAGGGUUAGGGUUGUGGUUGUGGUUGAGGCUAGGGUUAGGGUUAGGGUUGUGGUUGAGACUAGGGUUAGGGCUACGGUUGUGGUUGAGGCUACGGUUAAGGUUAGGGUUAGGGUUGUGUUUGAGGCUAGGGUUAGGGUUAGGGUUAUGGUUGAGGCUAGGGUUAGGGUUAGGGUUAGGGUUGUUGUUGAGGCUAGGGUUAGGGUUAGGGUUGUGGUUGAGGCUAGGGUUAGGGUUGUGGUUGAGGUUAGGGUUAGGGUUGUGGUUGAGGUUAGGGUUAGGGUUAGGGUUGUGGUUGAGGCUAGGGUUAGGGUUAGGGUUAGGGUUGAGGCUAGGGUUAGGGUUAGGAUUAGGGUUGUGGUUGAGGCUAGGGUUAGGGUUAGGGUUAGAAUUGUGGUUGAGGCUAGGGUUAGGGUUAGGGUUGUGGUUGAGGCUAGGGUUAGGGUUAGGGUUGUGGUUGAGGCUAGGGUUAGGGUUAGGUUUAUGGUUGAGGCUAGGGUUAGGGUUAGGGUUAGGGUUGAGGCUAGGGUUAGGGUUAGGGUUAAUGUUAUGGUUGAGGCUAGGGUUAAGGUUAGGGUUGUGGUUGAGGCUAGGGUUAGGGUUGUGGUUGUGGUUGAGGCUAGGGUUAGGGUUAGGGUUGUGGUUGAGACUAGGGUUAGGGCUACGGUUGUGGUUGAGGCUACGGUUAGGGUUAGGGUUAGGGUUGUGUUUGAGGCUAGGGUUAGGGUUAGGGUUAUGGUUGAGGCUAGGGUUAGGGUUAGGGUUAGGGUUGUUGUUGAGGCUAGGGUUAGGGUUAGGGUUAGGGUUGUUGUUUAGGCUAGGGUUAGGGUUGUGGUUGAGGCUAGGGUUAGGGUUAGGGUUGUGGUUGAGGCUAGGGUUAGGGUUGUGGUUGAGGCUAGGGUUAGGGUUAGGGUUAUGGUUAAGGUUAGGGUUAGGGUUGUGGUUGAGGUUAGGGUUAGGGUUAGGGUUGUGGUUGAGGCUAGGGUUAGGGUUAGGUUUAGGGUUGAGGCUAGGGUUAGGGUCAGGGUUAGGGUUGUGGUUUAGGCUAGGGUUAGGGUUUUGGUUGAGGCUAUGGUUAGGGUCAGGGUUAUGGUUGAGGCUAGGGUUAGGGUUAGGGUUAGGGUUGUGGUUGAGGCUAGGGUUAGGGUUAGGGUUGUGGUUGAGGCUAGGGUUAGGGUUGUGGUUGAGGCUAGGGUUAGGGUUGUGGUUGAGGCUAGGGUUAGGGUUAGGGUUAGGGUUGUGGUUGAGCCUAGGGUUAGGGUUAUGGUUAUGGUUGAGGCUAGGGUUAGGGUCAGGGUUAGGGUUGUGGUUGUAGCUAGGGUUAGGGUUAGGGUUAUGGUUGAGGCUAGGGUUAGGGUUAGGGUUGUGGUUGAGGCUAGGUUUAGGGUUAGGGUUGUGGUUGAGGCUAGGGUUAGGGUUAUGGUUUAGGCUAGGGUUACGGUUAGGGUAAGGGUUAUGGUAGAGGCUAGGGUUAGGGUUGUGGUUGAGGCUAGGGUUAGGGUUAGGGUUAUGGUUGAGGCUAGGGUUAGGGUUAGGGUUAGGGUUGUGGUUGAGGCUAGGGGCAGGGUUAGGGUUGUGGUUGAGGCUAGGGUUAAGGUUAGGUUUGUGAUUGAGGCUAGGGUUAGAGUUAGGGUUGUAGUUGAGGCUAGGGUUAGGAUUAGGUUUAUUGUUGAGGCUAGGGUUAGGGUUAGGGUUAGGGUUGUGGUUGAAGCUAGGGUUAGGGUUAUGGUUGAGGCUAGGGUUAGGGUUAGGGUUGUGGUUGAGGCUAGGGUUAGGGUUAGGGUUGUGGUUGAGACUAGGGUUAGGGCUAGGGUUAUGGUUGAGGCUAGGGUUAGGGUUAGGGUUAUGGUUGAGGCUAGGGUUAGGUUUAAGGUUAGGGUUGUGGUUGGGGCUAGGGUUAGGGUUAGGCUUGUGGUUGAGGCUAGGGUUAGGGUUAGGGUUAGGGUUGUGGUUAAGGCUAGGGUUAGGGUUAGGGUUGUGGUUGAGGCUAGGGUUAGGGUUAGGGUUAUGGUUGAGGCUAGGGUUAGGGUUAGGGUUGUGGUUGAGGCUAGGGUUAGGGUUAGGGUUAUGGUUGAGGCUAGGGUUAGGGUUAGGGUUAUGGUUGAGGCUAGGGUUAGGGUUAGGGUUAGGGUCAUGGUAGAGGCUAGGGUUAGGGUUGUGGUUGAGGCUAGGGUUAGGGUUAGGGUUAUGGUUGAGCCUAGGGUUAGGGUUAGGGUUAGGGUUGUGGUUGAGGAUAGGGUUAGGGUUAGGGUUGUGGUUGAGGCUAGGGUUAGGGUUAGGUUUAGGUUUGUGGUUAAGGCUAGAGUUAGGGUUAGGGUUGUGGUUGAGGCUAGGGUUAGGGUUAGGGUUGUGGUUGAGGCUAGGGUUAGGGUUGUGGUUGAGGCUAGGGUUAGGGUUAGGGUUAUGGUUGAGGCUAGGGUUAGGGUUAGGGUUAGGGUUGAGGUUAGGGUUAGGGUUAGGGUUGUGGUUGAGGCUAGGGUUAGGGUUAGGGUUAGGGUUGAGGCUAGUGUUAGGGUUAGGGUUAGGGUUGUGGUUGAGCCUAGGGUUAGGGUUAGGGUUGUGGUUGAGGCUAUGGUUAGGGUCAGGGUUAUGCUUAAGGCUAGGGUUAGGGUUAGGGUUAGGGUUGUGGUUGAAGCUAGGGUUAGGGUUAGGGUUGUGGUUGAGGCUAGGGUUAGGGUUGUGGUUGAGGCUAGGGUUAGGGUUAGGGUUAGGGUUGUGGUUGAGGCUAGGGUUAGGGUUAGGGUUAUGGUUGAGGCUAGGGUUAGGGUUAGGGUUAGGGUUGUGGUUGAGGCUAGGGUUAGGGUUAGGGUUGUGGUUGAGGCUAGGGUUAGGGUUAGGGUUAGGGUUGUGGUUGAGGCUAGGGUUAGGGUUAGGGUUGUGGUUGAGGCUAGGGUUAGGGUUAGGGUUGUGGUUGAGGCUAGGGUUAGGGCUAGGGUUAUGGUUGAGGCUAGGGUUAGGGUUAGGGUUAUGGUUGAGGCUAGGGUUAGGUUUAAGGUUAGGGUUGUGGUUGGGGCUAGGGUUAGGGUUAGGGUUAUGGUUGAGGCUAGGGUUAGGGUUGUGGUUGAGGCUAGGGUUAGGGUUAGGGUUGUGGUUGAGGCUAGGGUUAGGGUUAGGGUUAUGGUUGAGGCUAGGGUUAGGGUUAGGGUUGUGGUUGAGGCUAGGGUUAGGGUUAGGGUUAUGGUUGAGGCUAGGGUUAGGGUUAGGGUUAUGGUUGAGGCUAGGGUUAGGGUUAGGGUUAGGGUUAUGGUAGAGGCUAGGGUUAGGGUUGUGGUUGAGGCUAGGGUUAGGGUUAGGGUUAUGGUUGAGGCUAGGGUUAGGGUUAGGGUUAGGGUUGUGGUUGAGGAUAGGGUUAGGGUUAGGGAUGUGGUUGAGGCUAGGGUUAGGUUUAGGUUUGUGGUUGAGGCUAGGGUUAGGGUUAGGGUUGUGGUUGAGGCUAGGGUUAGGGUUAGGGUUGUGGUUGAGGCUAGGGUUAGGGUUAGGGUUGUGGUUGAGGCUAGGGUUAGGGUUAGGGUUAUGGUUGAGGCUAGGGUUUGGGUUAGGGUUAGGGUUGAGGUUAGGGUUAGGGUUAGGGUUGUGGUUGAGGCUAGGGUUAGGGUUAGGGUUGAGGCUAGGGUUAGGGUUAGGGUUGUGGUUGAGGCUAGGGUUAGGGUUAGAGUUGUGGUUGAGGCUAUGGUUAGGGUCAGGGUUAUGCUUAAGGCUAGGGUUAGGGUUAGGGUUAGGGUUGUGGUUGAAGCUAGGGUUAGGGUUAGGGUUGUGGUUGAGGCUAGGGUUAGGGUUGUGGUUGAGGCUAGGGUUAGGGUUAGGGUUAGGGUUGUGGUUGAGGCUAGGGUUAGGGUUAGGGUUAUGGUUGAGGCUAGGGUUAGGGUUAGGGUUAGGGUUGUGGUUGAGGCUAGGGUUAGGGUUAGGGUUGUGGUUGAGGCUAGGGUUAGGGUUAGGGUUGUGGUUGAGGCUAGGGUUAGGGUUAGGGUUGUGGUUGAGGCUAGGGUUAGGGUUAGGGUUGUGGUUGAGGCUAGGGUUAGGGUUAGGGUUGUUGAGGCUAGGGUUAGGGUUAGGGUUAUGGUUGAGGCUAGGGUUAGGGUUAGGGUUGUGGUUGAGGUUAGGGUCAAGGUUAGGGUUGUGGUUGAGGCUAGGGUUAGGGUUAGGGUUAUGGUUGAGGCUAGGGUUAGGUUUAGAGUUGUGGUUGAGGCUAGGGUUAGGGUUAGGGUUAGGGUUGAGGCUAGGGUUAGGGUUAGGGUUGUGGUUGAGGCUAGGGUUAGGGUUAGGGUUGAGUUUGAGGCUAGGGUUAGGGUUAGGGUUAUGGUUGAGGCUAGGGUUAGGGUUAGGGUUGAGGCUAGGGUUAGGGUUAGGGUUGUGGUUUAGGCUAGGGUUAGGGUUAGGGUUAGGGUUGUGGUUGAGGCUAGGGUUAGGGUUAGGGUUAUGGUUGAGGCUAGGGUUAGGGUUAGGGUUAGGGUUGUGGUUGAGGCUAGGGUUAGGGUUAGGGUUAGGGUUGUGGUUGAGGCUAGGGUUAGGGUUAGGGUUGUGGUUGAGGCUAGGGUUAGGGUUAGGUUUAUGGUUGAGGCUAGGGUUAGGGUUGGGGUUAGGGUUGAGGCUAGGGUUAGGGUUAGGGUUAAUGUUAUGGUUGAGGCUAGGGUUAGGGUUAGGGUUGUGGUUGAGGCUAGGGUUAGGGUUAGGGUUGUGGUUGUGGUUGAGACUAGGGUUAGGGCUACGGUUGUGGUUGAGGCUAGGGUUAGGGUUAGGAUUGUGUUUGAGGCUAGGGUUAGGGUUAGGGUUGAGGCUAGGGUUAGGGUUAGGGUUAGGGUUGUUGUUGAGGCUAGGGUUAGGGUUAGGGUUAGGGUUGUGGUUGAGGCUAGGGUUAGGGUUAGGGUUAGGGUUGUGGUUGAGGCUAGGGUUAGGGUUGUGGUUGAGGCUAGGGUUAGGGUUAGGGUUGUGGUUGAGGCUAGGGUUAGGGUUAGGGUUUAGGUUAUGGUUGAGGCUAGGUUUAAGGUUAGGGUUAGGGUUUUGGUUGAGGUUAGGGUUAGGGUUAGGGUUGUGGUUGAGGCUAGGGUAAGGGUUAGGGUUAGGGUUGCGGCUAGGGUUAGGGUUAGGGUUAGGGUUGUGGUUGAGGCUAUGGUUAGGGUCAGGGUUAUGGUUGAGGCUAGGGUUAGGGUUAGGGUUGUGGUUGAGGCUAAGGUUAGGGUUGUGGUUGAGGCUAGGGUUAGGGUUGUGGUUAGGGUUAGGGUUAGGGUUGUGGUUGAGGCUAGGGUUAGGGUUAGGGUUAGGGUUGUGGUUGAGGUUAGGGUUAGGUUUAGGGUUAUGGUUGAGGCUAGGAUUUGGGUCAGGGUUAGGGUUGUGGUUGAAGCUAGGGUUAGGGUUAGGGUUAUGGUUGAGGCUAGGGUUAGGGUUAGGGUUGUGGCUGAGGCUAGGUUUAGGGUUAGGGUUGUGGUUGAGGCUAGGGUUAGGGUUAUGGUUUAGGCUAGGGUUACGUUAGGGUUAGGGUUAUGGUAGAGGCUAGGGUUAGGGUUGUGGUUGAGGCUAGGGUUAGGGUUAGGGUUAUGGUUGAGGCUAGGGUUAGGGUUAGGGUUAGGGUUGUGGUUGAGGCUAGGGGCAGGGUUAGGGUUGUGGUUGAGGCUAGGGUUAGGGUUAGGGUUAGGUUUGUGGUUGAGGCUAGGGUUAGGGUUAGGGUUGUGGUUGAGGCUAGGGUUAGGGUUAGGUUUAUGGUUGAGGCUAGGGUUAGGGUUAGGGUUAGGGUUGUGGUUGAAGCUAGGGUUAGGGUUAGGGUUAUGGUUGAGGCUAGGGUUAGGGUUGUGGUUGAGGCUAGGGUUAGGGUUAGGGUUGUGGUUGAGACUAGGGUUAGGGCUAGGGUUAUGUUUGAGGCUAGGGUUAGGGUUAUGGUUGAGGCUAGGGUUAGGGUUAAGGUUAGGGUUGUGGUUGGGGCUAGGGUUAGGGUUAGGGUUUUGGUUGAGGCUAGGGUUAGGGUUAGGGUUGUGGUUAAGGCUAGGGUUAGGGUUAGGGUUGUGGUGUAGGCUAGGGUUAGGGUUAAGGUUAGGGUCAUGGUUGAGGCUAGGGUUAGGGUUAGGGUUGUGGUUGAGGCUAGGGGCAGGGUUUGGGUUGUGGUUGAGGCUAGGGUUAGGGUUAGGGUUAGGGUUGUGCUUGAAUCUAGGGUUAGGGUUAGGGUUCUGGUUGUGGUUAAGGCAACCACAACCCUAACCCUAACCCUAGCCUCAACCACAACCCUAACCCUAACCCUAACCCUAGCCUCAACCACAACCCUAACCCCAACCCUAGCCUCAACCAGAACCCUAUCCCUAACCCUAACCCUAGCCUCAAACAUAACCCUAACCCUAACCCUAACUCUAGCCUCAAACAUAACCCUAAUCCUAACCCUAGCCUCAACCACAACCCUAACCCUAACCCUAACACUAUCCUCAACCAUAACCCUAACCCUAACCCUUAACCCUUGCCUCAACCACAUUGAGAACCCUAACCCUAACCCUAGAUUCAACCACAACCCUAACCCUAACCCUAACCCUAUCCUCAACCAUAACCCUAACCCGAACCCUAGCCUCAACUAGAACCCUCACCCUAACCCUAACCCUAGCCUCAAACAUAACCCUAACCCUAACCCUAACUCUAGCCUCAAACACAACCCUAACCCUAACCCUAACCCUAGCCUCAACCAGAACCCUAACCCUAACCCUAACCCUAGCCUCAAACAUCACUCUAACCCUAACCCUAACCCUAGCCUCAAAUGUAACCCUAACCCUAACCCUAACUCUACCCUCAACCACAACCCUAACCAUAACCCUAACCCUAGCCUCAACCAGAACCCUAACCCUAACCCUAGCCUCAAACAUCACGCUAACCCUAACCCUAACCCUAGCCUCAAUCGUAACCCUAACCCUAACCCUAGCUUCAACCACAACCCUAACCCUAACCCUAAUCCUAGCCUCAACCACAACCCUAACCCUAACCCUUACACUAGCCUCAACCAUAAGGGUUAGGGUUAGGGUUAUUGUAUUGCAAAAGACAUUCUACCAACAAGCACUGUUAAGUUUCAUUUAAGAGUAACAGGGAACUUUUAAGAUUGGCAAGUCAUUCUUUUAUAUUGUGAUAGAUAUCGAUAUCAGCUGAUAUGAAAAAAACAAAUAAACUUUUCCCAUAUUGCCCAGCCCUGUUGUCAAGUUUUUAAUUAUCUCAUAAAUCACAAUGAUGGAUUUGCAUUGAGUUAAUAUAGGGUAAGAUAAGAAGAACUUUAUUUAUCCCUGAGGGGAAAUUCAUUAGAACUUUAAGCAACAUGAAAAAUUCAUAACAUCAUGACCAGAUAGAAGCUGAGGUGAGCUGUGGAGUUUUUUGAUCCUUCCUUAAACCUCCUUAAGGUGGAGUGACCUUUCCUCAGAGGGGCUCAGAGAUCCUUAUAUUGGCAGGAUGCAGAGUUUAUCCUGCGCUCAGCUCACAUGAACAGCUGUGCUCAUUGUGCACUACUCCACUCUUAAACCAUGGAUUAAGGAUUUGUUUGUUUUCUGUCAACUCAUUACUGAGACGGGGAGUAGUCUGUAGCAGAUUGUCUUCAGUCAUUCCAUCAGUGAUGAGCUCUGUUACUCAAUCUGCAGAGAUGUCCGACUCAGGGGACUGGGAUUCUGAAUGCCAGACAGGAGGGGUGGGUCAAUUCUACUCAAUAUUGUCCAUUUAACACUUAAUUUUGGUAUUCUGAUUUUGUGUUGUGGUUGUAACUUUUAUAUCUUAAGUGCCUUGAAACGGUGACUUUGUAUCAGCUAGGGUUGAACAUAGUUCUGCUCCACACUCAUGUAGCAUUUAUCUAGAUUUUAAUUAUUCCUAUGUGUCUCCUGUAAAUAAUUAUGGUGCAUCCUCCUCUUUUUUGCUGCUCUUUAGUGAUGAUUUAAUGUUUAAAAUACAACUUUUAGAUUUUAAACUCCAGUAAAUUGAUGUUAGAGUAUAUUUAACAGCAGCUAGUUAAGACAAAGUUAUGUAUAAAUGUUCCAAAAAGUGUAAUUUGCAAGUUACACCUUGAAUGAAACGCCAUCUGGAGGAAUUAAAGUCAGAUCCAGAACGUUAAUGAUCUGGAUUAACCCCUUCAAGAGCUCCUUUUAGUCCUUAAAGUGGCGAGUGUUUGGUUCACGCCACGCUGCUGCUAACACUGGCUAAUUCAAAGCUGUCGGUUACAUUAUAACGCAUUGUAUUUUAGUGAAACUGGAUUCCAUGAGCUCUGCUAUUAUGAAAACUUCACCAGACGCAUCGCAAAGUGUGAAUGAAAAGCUUUCAGAAAAAUUCAGCUCAUACUUGUUUGUGUUGUUUUUUUUGUGUGUGUUUCCAGUAUGGCAGAAGCCCCCUGCACUUGGCCGCCUACAAAGGCCACACUGAGGUUGUGCGUAUCCUCCUCAAAGCCGGAUGUGACCUGGACAUCCAAGACGACGUGAGUACAUCCACCUGACUGUCAGCUGCUGUUUCCACUUUUUAUCCUCUUGCAGAUCCAACUUCAGUCCUGAUUGGUGGUUCCCCGAGGAGAGCUCGAUUUUUUCUUUUCUUUUUGAACUUUUUUUUGUGUUUUCGAUUACAAACAAAAGGUCCAAUGACCUCCAGUGGUCUUGAGUGGGACUCUUUGGACUGCCCCCUUGUGGGUUUACCCUCAGGAUGCAAAGCUCCCACAGACAGUGAUAACCCAGAUCUCGAGCAUUGCCAAAUUCCCUCACUGUGGUCAGUGAGCUCUGCAGGACACUGCAGUACAUCCUCCAGGACUGCAAGGGGCAGGAGGUGUGGCCUGAAGCAGGAAGAGGAGGAGGAGGAAGAGGAGGAAGAGGGGAGAAGACAGAGGGAUGGGGAAGAGCCCGGAGGAUCAGGGAGAGUGAAGGAGGUUAGCCAAACCUGCUUAAUGUGCCAAGACAAAUCUGUCCCCCCUUCCCUCAACAAACUCCCCCCUCCACUGCUGCUGUGCUGGGCUCAGGUCUUAUCUGGCUUCCCCCUCCUCCCUCCUCUUCCUCCUCCUCCUCCUCCUCCUCCAUCAGUGCUUCUUCCUCCUGCGCUCUCAUGUCAAACCUGACCUGCUGUCACUCAUCACUAAUCCGCUCUGUGCAGGAUUCCCUUCAUGGCUGUGCAUUAAUGUGAGUGGGGCUUUUCCUGGGACUGUUCACUCACUGCUUUCAUUUCCUCACACAAACCACAACAAUGUCAGCGCUGUUUGAGGACUUGCUGUGGUUUAUCUGACUCUAUUAUUUCCAACAAGAAGAACACAGCAAUAUUUUGACAACUGGGGUGUAAUUCUGCAGAGCAAGGGGAUAGAUGGUGUGUUUUUCUUAAAGGACAAUUCUAACAAAAUGUCUCUUUGAAGGGUAAUUCAUUAGAUUUUUUAUAUAGCUUUAAAACUGGGCAUGUUUUGGGUACGUAUGCACAAGUGAGAUAGUAAGAUUGCAUCUAAGUUCACAAUGCACAUUCCUCUCAUUUUUACAAUCUAAUAUAUCAAGACAUAUAUUGCUUUUCUAUCGCUUUUGUAGGAAGGCUGGGCGAUAAACUGGAUUUUGUGGAUGUGUGUAGGUAGUCUAUGGUCUCAUGGAAAGACAGGUGAGGAGAUGGAGGACGGUUCAAAAGUUGUAGCGGCCGGAGUGGCGACUGAAGUAGACGAAGUUAAUGUGGGAGGGGAUGAGCAGCUUGUGGAGUAGUUAUCGUCCAUUUAUCGUUAUCGAGGUGAACUGCUCAAUAAACCGUGAUAUUGAUUUGAGGCCAUAUCGCCCAGCCCUACAAUAUAGUGCCCAAUUCAGAUUGCCAGAAUGAGGACACCCUCUUUGCUCACCUAUAUCCUGCAGGGGCCAAAUACUAAAGACUACAACUACGACUAACAUGACUAAGCUCUCCAUCAUGUGCACUUAGAGGCAAGCACAAGCACAAAUAAAUAAAAUCCAGAGGAGACCUCUCAGAGUUAAAGUGUUAAAAAAGAGAUUCUUCUAACAUUGCACACAAAACUGCACAGGCAACAGGCAACUACAUUCACACCUGUUGAGGACUUCUGGAAAAACAUCAUAGACUCCUACUUCCUUGGCUGUCACACACAGUCCCCCCUCCGCUCACGGAUAAACCAUUCUUUGACAACCAUGAUUAGAGUGAAUAAGAGCCUACACAGACAUUAUGAACAUGUAUGAAGUGUGACUUCAAUAUAUGGACAUUUAUCUAUACUUUUUAACAACAACAGCAGAAAAAAAAGAGAUCUAGGAUAUGCACAGAAAAACAUGUCCCCCCUUCCAUUGCAAAACAUUCCAAAACAUUGCACAGUCUGCAUGAAUAUGGAAACCAUGUAGUUCUAUUUAAGAGUACUUUUGGUCGAUGAGCACUUAAAGAUAUUUCAUGCUUGGUUUGAUUUUUGGUCAAGUUAGACUGAAUCUGUCCUCAGUAUGAUUAUUUAAAACAAAAUAAGGAAAAACUUUAACCCCGAGGCUCAUCAACUGUGUUCACUUUCUUUAUCGUUUGCAGAAUAAUCCUCAGACAUGAUGUUUUGUGAAUUCAAGGAAUAUUUGUGUUUUGUGUUCUGUGUAAUGGUGGCGAUUUGUGUGUCUCUGGUGGGUGUGAUUUACCGUUGUGCUCUUUUAUGUGAUCUGAUCAUUUCUUGGGAUGGAUCAUUUUGUGGACCUUGUGUUUUGACUUCACAGUGGACACGCUGGUUGAAAAUAAAACAGCUUGAUUACAGACAUUGCAAAAAAUGUACUGUAUAGUCCCAUCUGAUUAAAAACUACAUUUUUAGAGAGUUUUUCCUUACAUAUCCUUGUUCUGUUUUGUGUGUCCGCAUCUGUGUGUGUUUACAGGGUGAGCAGACAGCGUUGCACCGGGCUGCCGUGGUGGGAAACAGCGACAUCAUCAGCUCCCUCAUCCAGGAAGGCUGUGCUCUGGACCGACAGGACAAGGUGCAGAUCAAUACAUGUAUAUUCAAAAACACCCUCGGGGCAUAAUAGCUAACUCUCAGAAAAAAAAGGGAGUUUAAAGUUUCAUAAUAGCAGAAGUAAAACAUCUGAUUAUCAUAGAGAAACAUGCAUGUGCCUGUAAUCUGCUUAUCUUCAGAGCACUCACAACAAAAAGGGAAAUGACCUACAGAUCAGGGAUUAAACAUGAACACAGUUUUAACUUCCAUUUAAGGUCCAAAGUCUUUACAUGUGAUAAAAGAUGUUUUUUUUAGUUCGUACUUUGAGAUUAAAAGAAAUAAUCCAGCCGUGACUUAAUAAAACCAUUUACUUCAUUAUAGUUGGCCAAACUUCCUGUGGUGUGUUAAAUUAGUACAAAUUAUCAAGCUAAAUACACUUAUCCUACUUCACUUUCUGGGACUGUAAAAUGUGGGUCAUCAAUGUUGGAAUAACUGGAUUUUCCUUUUUAGUUUUUAAGUCGCACUCAUGUCUGACUCAUGCCUGUGCAACUUAUAGAUAAAGAUAACAAUUUAGGUCUUUUUCAAAUCUCAUUGAGACUUUAUUGCAGGGACAUUGACUGUUUACUUACGUUUUAUUCAUUCAGAUUAUCUGGAGAAAUCUCUGUGCAAAACCAUAACCGGAUGAUUGUGAUUUUCAGGCCCUCAGGCAGCAAGUUUCAUCUUUUGACAUGCUGUCUUUGCUUUAUCUUCAGUUAAAUGACGUUUUAGAUGAUUUACAAAAAACAAAAUCAGCUUUACAGCAUCCAAACUGUUCAGGAAUUGGAGAUAUAGGAAGAUAAUCUGUGUUGGAGGCGUCUUUGAAAUGUAUAUUCACAUGAAUUUGAGUGCAUUAGCGUAAUUUUCAGCUUUCUGUUGUAUCAGGAUGGAAACACGGCUCUCCAUGAGGUGUCCUGGCAUGGGUUUAGUCAGUCAGUCAAACUGCUGGUGAAGGCUGGAGUUAAUGUCCACGCCAAAAACAAGGUGAGUCCACAGCACAGGUUAGAUCUGUUUACUUAGAUCUCUGGUCAAAUGAUCAUUCCCCCAGCCUCUGUUCAGUGCUUAACGUAUUUUAGAGAGAAACAAGGCCAGUGUGUUUUGUAUUUCAAAUCUAAUUUAUGUAACUGCCGUCCAGCAUCAUCUCACCAUCCACUCAUAUUUAGACUUACUCAUUUCUAGUAUGAUGACUCUCGCUCUGUCCUUGUUUUCAGGCAGGAAACACUGCCCUCCACCUGGCAUGUCAGAACGGUCACGCUCAGAGCUCCAAGGUUUUGCUCCUGGGAGGCUCCAGACCCGACGGCAAGAACCACGUAAGUCUGCCGAACCUGGUAACCUGCUAAAUUAGGGAGCAUUUGAGACAUUUUCAGACACUCAGACCUGAUCUAAGACAUACAGAAAUGUGUCCAAACAGGGGAAAAACCAGACGCAUCUGCCAGAGAAAAUUAACCGUAAGCUUACAGGAUCAACUGGUUUUCAGGCUCAUUCUUUUCAUUGUAAUUAUCGGAUUAAAAGUCGAUCAUUCUGAGAAGGAUUAUUCUGCUACUUCGAGACAUGGGCACUUAAAAAUGGCCGAUCGACUGCUUUUUUUUGGAUGUGAUUUAAUCUUUUGUUGACAGUUUUUACACUUUAAAAUGUAAUAUCUGAGCUGCAGCCCAGACUUCAUUUAGGGGAGUGAUAUUGAGAUGAUAUAAAUGAACAAUAAAACAUAGUUCGAAGUGACAAGCAUGAGAUAUCUAGUUUUAUUCACGUUAAUCGCAAAAAAUUGAAAGAUUUACAAAAAAAAAACUUUUUUUAAAAUCUGUUUUUGUUGUAUAAUUGUAGAUUAAAAUAUCAGCCAUAAUUGUUACUGCGUCAGCGAAGAACAAUAUUUGUUUGUUGUUUUAGAUGUAGAUCAUCCUCAGUGGGCAAUCUCUUAAUGACUGACUAAGACAAGGACCACUGAGGGUUCAUGGGUAAAUAAUGUGAACAGCAACCCCCUCGUGCACUAAUCGGUCUCAGCCUUCAAUUAAUGCUGCAUUAUACAUUGUUACUACAUUAAAAGUUGACAAAAUUAUCUUUACUAAUUCACAAAACCCUCUUGGCUGUUAUCCAAGAACUUUAUCUCCUUUAGAAGUGACAAGUAAGUCCAGUUUGCAGUUGAUUUUAGGUUUGAUUUUGGGUAUUCAUGAAACAAUCUGAAAGGAUGCAUUGUCAGACUCUUCAAUCAAAGAAUCCACAAACUUUUUCACACCUCACAUUUUGCUUUUUUGAUAAUAUUUCCCCAUCUGUUUUGAUUUUACCUGAAGAGUCGAACCCCAAACUUGGCCUCUUUCUUCCUUCCUCUUAUUCCUGUUACCUAACCCGGGAUGUCCUCCUGCUCUCUGCUCUGCACUCCCUCCACAGUCUCAUUCACACGGCGCAGUACUUUCUUAAUUAUGAAACACUCAGAGUGCUUCUGCACUUCAGAGAUAAUCUACAGCCUCCCGGGGAAGCUGUUGUUACUCAGCAAACAAACAGGAGGAGCAUGUUGUCGUUGUCUUCGGUCUGAGUGCUUAUCGCUGGAAAUCACUGAGGAGACAUGAAUUUUUAAUCCUGAAGUUUCAAACAAGGUGACUACAGUUUACUUAAUGUCACUGAAAGGGAAAAAAAAGGGUUUAAAAACUGUAGUUAGGUAAAAGAUGACACAACAGGAAUGAACUUGGCUCACUUUUACUCUUAGAUUAUUGAUGCAUUCAAUUGAAGGAGUUAGGGCAGGAAAAAAAAGACAAACCCAGAAUUAAAAUGCUUUUUCUUCUGCGUUUAUUUCUAGAUGUGUGAAGAAACAAUAAUCUCUAAAUGUGGUGCAGAGGUUAAACUCUUGUAUUCAAGUGUUGGUAUUUGCCUAGUUAGGAUGCAAAAGGGUGUUUUGUCUCUCCAUUGAUUUAUUUCCGCUUUGCCCAUCCUUCAACUGCAAUAAAAGAUUAAAUUCAUGUGAAAUCUUUUUUUUUUUUUUCCAGAUGGGAGAUACAUGCCUCCAUGUGGCCGCUCGUUACAACCAUGUGCAGAUGAUCCGUAUCCUGCUGGGAGCCUUUUGUUCCGUGUCAGAGAAAAAUCUGGUGAGUGAGUGUUGAGAUAUGGAGUAAUUAUCUACCACCAGCUACAGCAAACACUCAAUAAUCCUGUUUGUGCAUUUAUUAAUGUAUUUCCAGUAUUGGUAUAGUAUUGGGACAGAAUAGGAUCAUUUUUAACUUACUUUAUUUAAUCUAAUUUCUAUUCAGGAAUUUUUGAUUAUACAGUAAAAUGAGUAAUGAAUAUAUGUUAUCUGUAUGAUCUCAAAGUGGUCGCUCUAAACUGGAACCUUGUGGCUAAUAUUGAACAUUAAUGCUGUACAAGUAUAAGAUGCUAACAGAUUAAUGCUGCUUAUAUUCCUUAUAUUGAUUAUGUAUCAGAAAAUCUUAUUUGAUACAGCAGUUAAUCCUUUAAACUGGAUAACAAGGGUGCUUUCUUUAAUGCAAUCAUAAAUAAAGUUUGUUUAUUACAUUGAUCAACACAUUUUGUGAGCAAUGGGCAGACUUUUAUCUUUGAUAUUAACAUCACUGGUGAAAGUAAGUUUUGGUUUCAUGUGGGUACAAAUUCAUUCUCAUUGCCAUUGAUAGUUUUUAUUCAUUUUAUUUUUUGAUGCAUAUCGGGAACAAAUCUUAGAGGCAGCAGUUUAAACUUGAACCCCAUGUGAAGAGGAUGUAGUCUACUAAAGAUGGGCUUUUUUGAGUGAGGUGGUUUGUGGUUUCAUGUGCCUCUACAGCCAGCCUCAAGUGGACAAUUUGGGAACUGCAGUUUUCAGCACAUUGAGAUUCAUUUAUUCUCUCCAGAGCUUGCCGCUUGUCUUUGAAUUGUUUUAUUCCGUUUUUUUAACUAAAAAUUCACCAGGAGUAGCAUUUACUUGUUGCAAAAGGACUGGAAACUAACAGAACUUAUCUCAUUGAAUCACUUUAAAUCCAGACUGAGAGCACUUGAGACAGCCUCCUUAACCUGUAACUGUUUAAUCUAAUUUGUAUGCCAUUUAAAUUGUGUUGAAACGGCAACUUUUUGCUGCCUCUUGGCCAGGACUCCCUUGAAAAGGAGGUUUUUAAUCCCAAUGGGACAUCCCUGGUUAAGUAAAAGUUAAAUAAAUAAAUGAAUAAAAAAUGAAUGUCCAGUUUUUAGUCUCUAAAUGUUAACAAUGAAAAAUAGCUGCUGCAAAGGUUAAACACUUUUAUUCAGGUGUUGAUAUUUGCCCAGUUAGGAUGCUAAGAGUGCCAUCUCUUAUCAACACAACGUCCUGUUUUGUGUGUGUGUGUGUGUGUGUGUGUGUGUGUGUGUGUGUGUGUGUGUGUGUGUGUGUGUGUGUGUGUGUGUGUGUGUGUGUGUGCGUACAGGCUGGGGACACCCCGCUCCACAUUGCAUCUGCUCUGAGUCAUAAGAAGACGGUACGUCUGCUGCUGGAGGCAGGAGCAGACAGUCGCAUCUGUAACAACGUGAGUGCCUGCAGACUCUUUACACAUCAUUAGAGGAGGAAGUGUUUGUGUUCGUGCGCUCACUCUGUGUUUCUUCAUCUUCUAGUCGGACAUGUUUUCACACUUUCUCUGUCUCCUGCAGUCUGUUUAAAACAGCACUGAGUAGCAUACAAAAUGGAAAUUCCAUAAAUAAAGAAUCAAAACAGAUGUGUUUCUCCUAAAGGCUGAGUAAAAGGGAACAGGGACAGAAAAUACUAAAGAACAAUAAAACAAACUCUUACACUUUAAGUCAAAUCAAGAAAAGCAGACCUCAGACAAAAAAAAAUAGUAUUAUGCAGUUAAAAGACCAACCCAGACGCUCUUGAUAUAUGACGUUUAGGUAUCAUUUCUUUCUGCAACAUAUAUUAAUUGAAACCUGUGAGGUAGUUCAGGCUAGCAGUAUUAGCUGCACUAAUUUCACUCUUGCCAUUUGUCAUUCCUACAAUCAUAUAUUAAACGUACCCUCCGAAUUUGAAAGUCUAUCUAGACUCCAGGUUUAUCAGUCUCUGCCUCUGCUCUUCUGUGCACAAGAGCUGCACUCAAAGCUCCAUCACCUCUUCAGCAUCCACCUCCAAAGCAGGACACACACUCAUACACAUGUAUGCCCACAGGAAUGCACACACAGCUUCACCCAUUGUUAGGUUUUUGUUGCAAGUAUUUGGUUAUUUCCUUACAUUUUAUUUCUUACAGAAAAAUAAAAAGGCAGAUGCUUAAUUGCACCCAGAAAAUAAAAAAAAUAAAAAGAUUUCAAAUGAAAGUGAAGUUUAUAUAAAUUAAAUUUUGAUUUUGCUUUAUGGAGAUUCAUUAAAAAAGGCCAAAACAAAUUUGAAGUCCACAAUCAGAAAAUAUACGGCUAUUAAUUUGUCUGUUUAAGUCUGUGUGUGUGUCUGUGUGUGUUUUUGCAGGCAGGUCAGACAGCUUUGGACCAGGCAAGAGAGCAUAAUAACCCAGAAGUGGCUCUGCUUCUCACCAAAGCUCCCCAGGUAAAACCAGUAAUCCUUGUUUCAUCAGCUGCAAACAAAGAGGAUUGUUUUACUGUAACUUUGCUCAAACAUUUAAGCACUACAUUUUUCUCCAAUUUGAGCUCAUGUGCUGUAAAGAACAAAUGUUUUCUGAGUGUGCCCAUAUAGUUAAUAAUCUGCUGUCUUUAUUUUGCAUUUACUGGAGAGCACAGAUUUUUUUUUUUAAUGUAAUGUGUCCUGUUUGUGAUUCAGGUUCAGAGUUUUCUGCGUGGCAGGAGUGUGAGGAAGAGGAGAGACAAACUGAAGGCAGAGGGUAGAGCUCAGUCAGUGCCCAGAGAUGAGAUGCUGCCCUGUAAGGUAAUGUCAAACACGUCGCUGCCAUUGAAUUUAAAAUAAGUACACAAAACAAUCAAAUUUUCGAGUGUCAGCACUUGAUGUGUUGACUUUGCACAGUCCUCAGUUAAAUAAAAACGAUUUGUAAACCAUUAAAAUCUUUUUCUAUCAAAUAUUUUACACAGUUAACUUUAAUUUUUAGGAUAUUAAUUGAACAACUAAAAAAGAAGCCCAAAUACCUGUGCAUGCAAGUACACCAGAUAUACUUUCAUGAUCAUUUUGAAAGCUACUGUAGAUGUUACAUUUUUGAGAUUUUGUAAUACCCAAGUGCUCAAACAUUUCCUGACCUGACAAACCUUCCUCUCUUCCUGUUCCCUGCAGGACAGCGCGUCUGCAGCAGACGACACGCAGAGCAGCGAACGAGCUGCCUGUAAGCACGCAGAGGUGAACGAGUCAAACGCCAGACUGGGGAAGAACAGGAAGCAGAAAGAGAAGGUAAGUCCCAGAGGUCUGAGGUCACCUGGAAUGACAAAAACACACACAGUAAUCCACGUUAAUGCCUUUAGAGGUAGAAAUUGAAUACAGUUCUGAACAUGUUAAGACUUGAUUGGAUAAAUUGGCUAAUUUGACGUCUGUUGAUGUUUCAGCCGUCGCUGUCUGACCCCCUCCGCCGCAGAGAGACUCGACAAGGUGAAAAUUUUCACAAGAAGAAAGACAAACUGAGAGGAGCUGCAUGUAUCCCUCCUCACAACUAUAAAGCCUACCAGCUGUACACGCUCUACCGCAACAAGGAUGGAAAGAUCAUGCAGGUGAGUCACGUAUCCUGGGAGCUCUGUGUCUUUAGUUCCUGCAGUAAACAUUUUGUAUCAUGAGUUUAUGGUCUUCCUUACAGCAUGAUGUUCAUUUUGUUAAUAUGGUGUCAUUUAAACACAAAAGGGCACAUUUUCCUUUCUGUCCACCUUCAUGUGUAUUUUUAGAAACAACUUCAAUUAGACCAGAUUUAGCAGGAACUUCAGCUUUUCCCUAUGAGCACAGAGCUUGACUUCUGCAACAUAAUAAAUAAAAACAAAAGUAUUUAGCAGUAUUAUCAUCUUAUAAUCACAUCAGUUUUUGUUUGUGUGUGCUCUGUUAUUGAAAUGUGUGUUUUGGUUGCAGGCUCCUCUGAACGGCUGCCGCUGUGAACCUCUUAUCAAUAAACUGGAGAACCAGCUGGAGGCCACGAAGGAGGAGAUGAAGACCGAGAUCCAUACAGUCCAAGACCUGAUGAACAGCAAGAUGGGCCAGCUUGACCGCAAGAACAAACACCAGGUAACAUAGAGUGAGAAGAUAGAUAUACAAGGAAUGCAGCUUCACUGGUUAUCAGGAGUCCUUUACUCCUAUUUUCAUUGGAUGCUAAAGCAUGGUACAUAAAUUCGGCACAUCAUAAGGCAGACUGAGUAAGGCGGGAAGACAGACAUCCAAACAACCAGGUGAUUUUCAUAAUCUUUGCAUUAUUUUUACCAUCAGAUCCGGGCUCUGGAUAAGAUGACGGUGGAGAGAGUGUCGGCAGAGAGGAGCGAGUGUCUGCAGAGGAUCGAGCAGCGAGCUCUGCAGGAGAGACAGGAGGUGGAGAGGAGACAGGUAACAACCAGCACAGCUCAACUAGAGACAGAUUGAUGGACAGUACAAAGAGUUCACAGCGCCGUGGACAAGCUGGAUGGCACUGUUUUUUUUUUGCAAUGAAUACAAUGAGUAGAAAAUAAGUAAUUGAAUAAUAGAAUGCAGCUUCAAUUUUUAAUUAUUAAUGUAAAAACAGCUAAACAAAAUCAUAUGUGGCAUAAAUUAAUAGAGACUCUUAUGUGUGUGUGUUUGUGUGUGUGUUUCUGCCCUUUAAGCAGGCGUCCCUGGUCAGCGAGCUGAAGAGCUGGUGUCUGUCCAAACUGCAGAACAUGGAGGUCCGCUUCACCGGAGAUCCCAACAAGCUGCAGCGCUCCUCCUCUGUGAACGAUGGUCUGAAUGAAGCUGAUGGAGCUGGCCUUACUGUGCUGCCUUCAGGGACCCAGUGUCUGGAGCUCCACAGCAGCCCCGGGCCCCACGAGUCCAGCUGGGGGGAGGCGAGUGUGGCAGAGAGCGGAGCGAGCAACCACUACUUUGUGGUUCAUGUUGAGAGCUCGCCAGGUAAUGACUGCACCCAGACCGGUCCACAGAGGAUACUUGAUUCUUAAUUAAUAGUUUAAUUUAAUAGAAUUUCAGUUUUUUUUUUCCAUCCAGAGCAACAACCAUGGUUCUCAACCUACUGGACUAACAUAUGAUAAAUUUGUUUUAAUGGUAAAUGUAGGUAAACAUAAUUAUAAUAGUGUCAAAACACAUUAAAACAGCUCUGCACUGUCACCAGGAAGUGGUUCGUGGAGCAUAAAGAUGCUUUUAGUGAAACUCUGUGAGCAUAAUUUGUUCUGCAGAUGGAUGUCAUGAACAUUUUAUGAAAUUAUGUCUCUCUGUUGGGACAAUUUUGGAAAGAACAAAUUCACUGCUGUCAGAGAAAAACACGAAAUCACUGAAAAUUUGCUUCAUUCUGCUCAGAAGUAACAGAGUAACAGUCCCACUCACAGGAUGUGGACUGUGGGUUUUCUGCCUGUUUCACAAAGGGUUUACUUCCUAUCUGUUAUCUGCAAGUUAAUGUUUUUAAAGUUUUAGAUACAGCAUAAAAACUAAUGUAGACCUUUCUCCAGUGUUGAUGGUAUUUAAACCAAUUAUUGAGCUACUGUAUCUCAGGAGCCCACUAGAGACCGUGUCCACCCAAUGAUUCAUUCAGUUUCAUGGUGUAUUAUGGGAUAAAAUGGAAAAACUUGUGCUGUAAUAGCUAAAAAAAUAUGUUCUCAGCUUGCAGACAUGAAAGAGGCUCUAACAGCUGCUGUCAUAUUUUGAUAGUGGACACAUUUAAUCAAAGUUUGUCCACUAAAAGCUCCUGAUUUACUCUUGCUGUGGAAUCAGUUGUGCUUGUUGAAUCGCUUUUGUAAAUUUCACAGAUGCUCACAAGGGUCACAGCCCUGAAGUCGCCACUCAUGCAGCGGCAAAGACCCCGCAGUCUUCUGUCCAGGUGGUCCGGCCUAAAGAGAGGUUAGCGGUCUGUGUUGAGGCCCAGAGGAAGAACCAGGACCUGCAGGAUGUGGACAUGAAGGAGUGCCAGACGAGGAGGGCCAGGAUUCACAGAGCCAGCAGCCUGUCACCGGCUACAGAGCGGCGUUGCGGCAGCAGGACUGAAACCGUGGUGAGAGACCGAGAGCGAGGGCGGGACAAAGGGAAGCACCACAGGAAGCACUCGCAGGGCAGGACUAAGUCCAGAGGGGCCCCAGGGGUCCGGACUCUUGAGGUCUUUGGGGACCAACCGCCAACUGAACCUUCCUUUGCUCAGGAGAGGGACAACAUGCACGCUCUGGAGGUGACGCAGUACUUCUUCGAGGCGGUGUCGACGCAGAUGGAGCGCUGGUACGAGAGGAAGGUGCAGGAGGCUCGCUGGCAGGCCAAUCAGAGAGCAGAGGCCGACAGAGCCGCUCUGAUCGAGAGGAUUAACUAUCUGGAGGACGAGCUGCGCAUGCUGAGGACUAACAGGCGAGAUGACUGCUAACAGACACCUUGUAGAUCCUCACCAAGUCUCACAAAAACUUAAAAACUCCACAGAAGACUUGAUCACACUGAAUUAUGACACGGACAACUCCAGCCAAUAAGCAUUCUCCCACUUUACCCACUUUCUGUAUGUGUUUAAAAGCAUGGAUACUGUUUUAAUAUCACCCUUUUGUGUUCAAGCAUGCAAAUCACAAAUGUAAAGAAUCUUACAAAUGGUUAUCGUUUUACCACCAGUAGAUUGAUCAGCAGCUGAAUGACAAUUGAUAACAAGUAUUUUGAGGGUUGAAUUUAUUUCAAUGAAAGAGGAAAACAGCAUCAGCAUUGAACUUAGUUUGAGUUUUAGUUCACAGUCAAGUGAUAAUUUCCAACAACACUAGCUGGGAGGUGGCUGAAUUCUGACAUUAGCUGUUGUUAUGAAGCUAGCAGGAAGUAGUAGGAUUAUGUAAUUCAUAUUACCUUGAAAUCUGGUCCUAACUCCCUUCAGAUUCUCUCUAUCAGUGGUCAUUUCAGCUGCUGACAAAGUGAGAAAGGCUGGAAUGAAAAACCCCAAUCCUGAAAAAAAUAUGAUGCUGUGUAAAAUAUCAGUAAAACCAGAAUUUGAUGGUUUGCUAAUUGUUUAAACCCUUUAUCUGAUUGGAAAUAGUAUAAAGACAACUUAUCAAAUGUAUGCUUAUUUUCAGUUUGAUUGCAGAAAUAUGUUACAUCAAAGUUAAGGCAGGGGCAUGAUCUGCAUAAAAAACAGGGUUUAAAUUAUUUGGAUUUGGAAAGCAUCAAAAAUGUUGUUUUACUGAUCAUUUUGCACAGCAUUUUUACUAUUUUUGAAGUGGUGUUGCGUCACAAUGCUCAUUUUUCCUUUACUUUUGCUGUUUUCCGAGCUCAUCACAAUAUUAUAACAGUAUUUAGACUCCUUAAGUCCAAAUGUUGUUAUUGCAGUGUCUUGUCAAUCAUUUAGCUAAAGAUUGGACCGUAAUCUCACUGGAGAUUUACUGAGGUUAUAAACCAACUUGAAAAAGUUCCCUUUUAUGCAAAGGGUAGGGGUGCCCUCUACUGACUGUUAAAAGAAGAAUGCUGGGGAAAAAAACAUCUCACUGUUGGUUAGCCUAACUUAUUAUUUAAAAUCAAUGAAUGCCUACAAAUGUUCCACCUUCAAAACUCCAAUCUUAUUCUUUGUGGAGCUAACACUGGACUGUUGUGAUGAGACGUGUGCAGUGUGCAUUUUCAAAUAAAAAAAGGGCAGCUUCUGUGCACUGUGCUGUAAAUAAACCAGUAGAUAUUAAGCUAGGUUGAUCUAAUGUGCCAUUGAAAUGUAAAACUCACUUUAUAACAUGAACAUUAACGGCUGUUUGUUUUUAUAAAUGUCUUUAAUUGUCUUCAGACUCAUUUUGGAAUCACAAGCCCAUGAUCCGAAGAAGAGUGAGGGUGGUCUAUAUGGAGGACUAACAGUGGAAUAAGCUUUGUGUUUAGAAGUGCAUGCUGGAAUCCAACCUGUGACUCAAGAAGAGCAACCUAUCUACUGUCUGAUUUCAUCACACGGAUAUUAAGCUGUAAACAACUCCACUGAAGGUUUUAUUUGUUAAGUUUAGAGUAUUAUAGCUGAUUUUGCUGCAAGUUAUGCUGAAAUAUGGAGGUUGGAGUGUGCCUGUCGAGGAGUUUAAGAUUUGUAUAAUGUAAGUAGGUGCAUCAAUAUAUUUAGUUUGGAAAAGGAUGAAACUAAAGUUCUGUGGUCUCAAAAGUCAACUGCACAAAAAAAAUGUAUGACUGCAAAAAUAACACAAAAUAGCUAAUGAAAGCAAAACAAAUUACACUUUGUGAAAUGUUUUUUUGUUUUAUGAAGUACUUAUUUUGUGUAAUUGUUUUUACUUUUUUAACUUUUUUUUUUUGGUGUAUUUAAAGAAAUAUUUUUGCAAUUAGUAAAACGCAUUUUGUUUUAGAGGUUUUCUCAGCAUUCACUAAAACGUUAUGAAUGUGCAACUUGACUUAAGAGCCACCGUACAAAACAGGAUAUGUGUAGACAUCAACAAAAACAAACUUAAAACCACUGCGAGGAGCUUUUAAAGGUGUUAAAAAACAGACUGAGACUGAUACCUUAUUGUGACCUUCCAAAUCAGACAGAACCACCAGCAACAGUUCAAAUAAUCCCACUAUAUCAAAUUUUGAUGCUUAAAAAUGCUGUGAGUUGGUAGGUGUCAGUGAAGAUUUCCAAUGUGUUCUGAAAAGUCUGCAAUGUGCAGUGUCUGUGCAGCUGUGUAGCUCUCUCUACUGCCAUCUGUUUUAACUUAAUGGAGCUUGUAAUCCUGCCAUAAGAUAUAAACUAUGCUAAUUUGGUAGUUAACUAUCAUAGUCUUUAAAUGCAUUAUUAUGACAAAAUCAGAAAGGAAAGCUGUGAAAAGCCUGGUCAGUUACGCUUUGUAUUUGAAGAUAUAUUACACUUCUGCAUUUAACACUGGUUUGUCAGUCACAAUCACUUGAGGGAUGCUGCUCACCUUUUAGAUGUAAAAAUAGGUGUUAAAGGUGCCUCUUACUAUACCAACUUUUUACAACCAUAGAGUUAAAUCCAAAAAUGUCACAAGCUGUUUUGGUAGCCAGUAUCAUUCAGGGCUUAAUGCACAUUUUGUCUCCUUUUGCGCAUUCACACUAGGCCUAGUUUUACCUAGCUACGGUUGCCCGCCCUCCCUCAUUUGCUGUCGCUUCUCGACUUUUAUUCCCAUCUAUAAAGCCAGCGCUGUGUGUUCAUUAAUUCCCCUCACAAGGUUAAAAGUGGAUAACAUCCCUCUAGCACACUCCAGCCUCCUCUUUAAGACGCUGGGAUCUGUCUCUUUAAAAUAGCCUAUCUCUGAUCCUGAACAAAAAAGUACUGUCUGUACGGUCCUCCCAGAACUGCAGCACACUGCCAGUUUUUGUCUUACUUUUCUAACAUUAAGAUGGGUUGUGUUUGAACUUGUUGCAUGAAGAAAGCUCAGAGUUGUGUUGCAGUAUUACUGUCUGCUGUCUGUUUGCUGUAGUGACUGUCUGUUGAGAUGUGUUAAGUUAAAAAUCAUCAAAUUGCAGAGCCACAGUCACCCGGUCAUAUGUUUUUAGACACAACAGCAUGAUUUUGAACUGUAGCUCAAUUAAGUUAUAUUUUUGUUAUUUGUACUACCUAACAAAGCGUAUGCUGAUAUUACUUUGUGCUUAUGUUUUGGUAAAGUUGGCCUGUGGUCUGGAAUAAGUCUAAGGCUCACACCAACAUUUAAAACAGGGGGUCUGCGGCUCUGCUGUGAGAUGUUUGUAUGUUGGUCUUAAAUGGAUAACUGUGGAUUUCAAUAAUGCACUCUGCAAACAUGUUUUGUAUUAAAGAAACAAUCUUUCUA